AUGCCGUUUUCAGGACAAACAGACAAGCAACCCUUGGUGACCACGAAAUAUGGGAAACUACUUGGGAGAAAGGUGAAGGUAUUGGAGACAGACAGACCAGUAGACACUUUUAUGGGAAUCCCUUUUGCAAAGCCGCCAGUUGGUGAAUUAAGAUUUGCUAAUCCUCAGCCACCAGCACCCUGGAACUCUAUCAGGGAUGCAACUAAAGACCCACCCAUGUAAGUAUCUAACAAUUCUCAACACAAACAAUACUGAUUCAAUUAAUACAGCAAGUUGUGCUAUUAUUGUUUGUUUGUGUUUAUUGGCAGGGGGUUUCAAAUUGUUAAUUUGCUGUAUCUUUGAAACCACUGAUAUUUUAUUGCUGUCCAGCCUUAUUUUUUGUAAGUGUGGUUAUAGAAAAUUAACUUGGGUUUUAAAAGGUUGAGCUUGGUUCAUUUCCCUGUUUUAAAAAAACAAACAAAAAAACAGUGCAAUGUUUUACUAUAAUGCCACGUGAUUAAAUGUGAAUACAAACCUGGUUGCACCAGCUGUUGUGGCAGUGGAAACCCACAUGUUUAAACUCUGCACGACAAAAUAAAGAAUAAAAAAAAAAAGAAAAAAAAAGUUGAGCUUGAUGGAUUAUAGUUUUAAGUUCAACCUAGAUUACUAUGUAACUAUGUAAUGGUCACCCUACUCUUGUGCCCUUUGCUAAUAUCAAACCAUGUUAGGACUGCCUUUGUUUGAUAUUUGCUUGAUUUUUUUUGUAACGAGUACAAUAUUGUCCAGGUGUUUACAAAACCAGAAAUUAAUGGAAGAGCUAAAGAAGCAUUUCAAGAUUGAGACUCCGUCGCCCCCAUUUUCUGAAGAUUGCCUCUAUAUUAACAUUUUCACUCCAGGAGACCGAGAGAAGAAUUCUAAACUACCAGUAAGUAUUGAUACAUCAAUUUUGUUGUCAUAGAAGAUAUUGAUUAAAUCCCAUUUAAGUUAUGUGAAAUAGAAGUAAAUGAAGCAAACACAUAAUAUACAAUGUUUAGCAGACUUAAAACACUUUAAUAAUUAUUAUAGAAGAACUUAAACUAACCAACACAAACAUUAUUUAGGUCAAUGGAGGAAGAAGAUUGUGAUCCAAUGUUUUAAAACUAAAUCUGAAGGAUGUUUUUCUCCAAAAACACCCUUUUUUGGAUAGGAGAAGAUUACGUCAUCUUUCAAACAAACAAAUAAACAAACAAGCAAACAAAAAAUGUGUGUCUAUGGGGCAAAGUAACUUGUAGACAUGGCAAGUUCCUGAGGUUUUCAAAUAUGAAGGCCUAAGUACCUAUUCCGAUUUUAAUCUCUGCUGUACUUUUUAUGACUUAGGGCUCUCCACGACACUUAUCGAAUCCUGCCUUUCUUGAUUGCAAGACUUUUUCAAGCCUGUCUCUAUUUCAGUCACUUUUCCAAAAAGCUUACAACACUAAAAUAUACUUCGGAGUCUCAUAAUUCCAUAAUAUCUACAAAGUAUGAGAGUCCUAGUCUACUACUGUAGUGGUCAGUUUGUUGCUAUCAAACUCCGUACGCAAUGUAUCUUACAGGGCAGAAUGUGUUGCCAUCAAUUGGGUCUCCAUAGAAGUUGCACAGCCAGCUUUAUUGAAUAGAUGCGGGCCCACACUUGGGUUCCAUUUUGCAUGAAGUAUACCAGAUAAGGUUCCAUCUCUUUUUUGGCCAGGUUAUGAUGUUUAUACAUGGUGGAGGAUUACAAGUUGGAGGAGCCAUAUUUUUUGACGGCGCUGCAUUGAGUGCUUACGGAAAUGUUGUGACUGUGACAAUCCAGUACAGACUGGCAUUCUUGGGAUUCACAAGGUAAGUCCUGAUUCAGACAAUGUAUAUGUAUCCAUCUUUACAAUUACAGUUGUAUAAUUACAAAGUAAAGAAGAACUGAAAAAAGUUCAGUGUUUCACAUAUCCCACUCUCUGUUCUUGAUUCAAAAUAAUGUUAAAAAUCCAAUUUCAUCUAAUUUCAAUAUGUGUCCUAAAAAGGGACAAUUCCCUCCAUCAGAUAAAAUUCUUAAACCGAUAAAUCAUUAGGGAACCGAUCUUCUUUCACAGGGUGAGGAGGGUUUAGCUGGGUAGCUGCUGAGAGUAUUAGCUGACGUAUAAUUUUCACAGGGUGUUUGGUGAAACCUUACACAGUUACAUAGCUGAAAAGAGAGAUGCAUCCAUCAAGUUCAGCCUUUCUCACAUUUGAUUUUUGCCGUUGAUCCAAAAAAAGGCAAAACGCCCAGCGCUUCCAACUGUCCAACAUACUAUGAAAAAAAGUCCUUCUUGACCCCAAAAUAGCAGUCAGAUAUCACAAUGGAUCAAGCAGAUAUUACCCCACUAGUAAAACAAUUAUAUCCUUGUAUGUUAUGUUUUUGGAAGUAUUUACCCAAUUGCUGUUUAAACAUCUGCAUGGACUCUGAUAAAACCACAUCUUCAGGCAGACAAAACCACAUCCUUAUUGUUCUUACUGUAAAAAAAACCCUUUCCUUUCUUCCAGCCUAAAUGUGUGACCUCGUGUCCUAUGUAUAGCCCUGUUUAUGCAUAGAUUUCCAGAUAAAGGUUUGUACUGGCCCUGAAUAUAUUUGUAUAAUGUUAUCAUAUCCCAUCUGAGGCUCUGUUUCUCCAAAGAGAUUUCAAUUUGUUAACUUCUCUUUAUAACUAAAAUGCUCCAUUCCUUUUAUCAAUAUUUUAGCCCGCCUCUGCAGUACCAUAAUAGCCUUUAGUACAGGUGCCCACGAUUACAUAUCCAAGAUAUGGUCUUACCAGUGAUUUAUCAAGAGGCAAAAUUAUAUUUUCAUCCUGAGAAUUAAUGCCCCUAUGUAUACAUGACAAUACAUUACUGGCCUUAGCAACUGUCGCUUGACAUUGCAUAUUAUUGCCUAGUUUAUUGUCUAUAAUAAUUCCUUAAUGCUUCUCAUUUGUUGUUAUCCCUAGUUCACUAUCAUUUAGGGUGUAAAUUGCUUGUGCAUUUUUCUACAUUAAAUUUCACCUGCCAUUUUAGUGCCCAGUCCCCCAGUCUAUCUAAAUCCCUCUGCAGCAAAGCAAUAUCCUGCUCACAUUGUAUUCUUUUACAGAGGUUUGUGUCAACUGCAAACACUGAAACAUGGCUUUCAAUGCCUAUUUCAAGAUAAUUUAUAAAUAUGUUAAAUAAAAGAGGUUCCAGAACAGAACCCUGAGGGACACCUCUUACCACUUUUGUCCAGCUUAAAAAUUUACCAUUUAUGUAAACUCUCUGUGCUCUAUUUUUAAGCCAUUCAUCUACUCAAGUACAAGAAUUUUCAUCUAGAUCCAUUUCUUUUAAUUUGAAAACUAACUUAUUGUGUCGAACCAUAUAAAACAAAACUUGGUAAAAUCCAAGCAGAUCACAUCCACUGCAACACCCUGAUCUAUACUUCUACUUACUUCUUCGUAGAAUGCAAUAAGGUUAGUUUCACAUGACCUAUGUUUCAUAAAACCUUGCUCAUACUGCGGCAGCAUAGAGUAAGGGGGACAUCUGCGUCAGGUGCCAAAUGCUCCAACAUCAAGGUGAAACUGCUGUAAAACAAUUUAAGAUGGUGCCCGGACACUCUUUCCCCACAAUAGACUUUGUUUAGAAGGUGUGAGUGUCCUUUAAAGUGACUUGGAUUAAAUUUUUUUUACCAAACAGUCCAUGACUCUCAUCCAACGUGCAACUCAAAAUUUUUAUUUGGCCACUCCGCAUGCUUUUAAUUCAGUGUUAAUAUUAUCCCCACCCUGGUGAUAAACCCUGAGCUUGGUUUUACGAACACUAGUGAUUUAAUCAUAUUUUCUUAUACGUUUCAACAAAAAAUGAUAAAAUGUAUCAGUCGUUGGUGCUGUACUUCAUUGUAUGAAUCCACAGAUGUCAACAUUCUUUUUGUAUGUGUUCUAUCUCAGUACUAAGGACAAAGAGUUACCGGGCAACUAUGGGUUUAUGGAUCAAGUUGCAGCUCUUCAGUGGAUCCAAGAAAACAUUAAAGAUUUUGGAGGAGAUCCAGAGUCUGUCACUGUUUUUGGAGAAUCUGCAGGUGGUUUGAGUACCUCUGCUUUGGUAUGUUUUUUUGUCGCUCUCCAUGAAUCUAUCUCUUUACAUAAUUUAUUUUAUGCCCAUCUCCACAUCCAAAGUACAAUCAAUACACUAAAACAAACAAUCAUCGUGUUAUUAUUUCUAGGUGUUAUCUCCCUUAGCCAAAGGCUUAUUCCACAGGGCUAUCGCGGAGAGUGGGACUGCCUUAUUUCAUAUCCUCAUGAUCACUGACCACAAAGAAAUGAUUUCUAGAAUAAAUGUGAGUAUUCCUUCUCUUCUUCCUGUGAGCAAUUUCUGGAAAAGCCAACUCUCCGUAUAAAAUAUCCUUUUAUGGUACCUGCGAUCACAAAAUACAAAGUCCCAUAUUAGUAACCACAUCUUUUCCGAAAUAGAACACUGGAGAGUAUCAUCAAGGUACAAUUGUACAAUGACAGACAUUAAAGAGACACUAUAUGCACCAAAACAACUUUAACUUAAUGAAGUGGUUUUGGUGUAUAGCUCCAGCCCCUGUAGUGUCACUGCUCAAUUCUCUGACAUUUAGGAACUAAAUCACUUUUGUUUAUGCAGCACUAGUCACACCUCCCUUCAUGUGACUCACACAGCCUUACUAAACACUUCCUGUAAAGAAAGAUGUAAUGUUUAAACUUUAUUGCACAGUCGGUUUAAUUUAGAAUUUCUUAUCUCAUGCUCUGUUAAUAAAUUAACAGAGCAGGAGAUUAAAAUAAAAAAUAAAAAACGUCUAAAGUAAUCACAUCAUGCCGUAACAUCUGAUUGACAAUAAACCAUUUUUUCAUGCAGGUUGUGUCAGUCUUAGCCAGUGGAGGUGUGGCUAGGGCUGCAUAAACAGAAACAAAACUGAAUUUAAAAAAUGAGCAAUGAGACUGCUGGGGCACUAAAGCACUAAAAAAAAAAACAGCUUCAUUAAAUGAUCACUAUAGGAUCCAGGACACAAACAUGUAUUCCUGACCCUAUAGUGUUAAAACCACCAUCUAGCCUCCCUGGGCCCCUAAUGCCUCCAUAAAUAUAGCAAACUCUUACUGUAUUCAAGCCUGAAGCUGUAACUCUGUAUGCUGUUAGAUUCAGAAAAACAAGCUGCCUGCUGACAUCAUCAGAAGUGGUAGUCUGAUCCAAUCACAAUGCUUCCCCAUAGGAUUGGCUGAGACUGACAAGGAGGCAGAUCAGGGGCAGAGCCAGCAUGAUUCAAACACAGCGCUGGCCAACCAGCAUCUCCUCAUAGAGAUGAAUUGAAUCAAUUAAUCUCUAUGAGGAAAGUUCAGUAGAAGGAGGAGAUACUGAAUGUUUGGAUGCAUUUUAGGCAGCCAUGACCCAGGAAGGAUCUCUACCAGCCAUCUAAGGAGUGGCCAGUGAAGUUAUCACUAGGCUGUAAUUUAAACACUGCAUUUUCCCUGAAAAGACAGUGUUUACAGCAAAACGCCUGAAGGUAAUGAUUCUACUCACCAGAACAAAUUCAAUAAACUGUAGUAGUUCUGGUGACUAUAGUGUCCCUUUAAGUUGUUUUGUUGCUUAGUGUAUCCCUUUAAGGGGGUUAAAGAAUAAUCUAAUCUAGAAACCCUUUGUACGCCUAAGCAAUUCACGAUUCAGGCAUAUCCAUUACACGUUCGUUAAAGGGACACUCCAACUUUAUUGAAAGUCAUCUGAGUGUUUGUUUACCUCAAAGGGGUAACCCCAAAGUGCUCUAUCCAGUGCCCAUUAGCUCCUCCCACAAACUUCUGUUGCAGGACGAGACUUGAAUCAGGGAGCCGUAAACUGGGAGCUGCUAAUAGUCUCAGAGCACAGGCCACUGAUAAGCAGUUUCACCCUUUUAGGUAAAGAGUCGCCCAGGGAACUCCUCGCACCAUAACAACCUAAUUACAAAGAAAUUGUUAUGGUGCCUGGAAUGUUCCUUUAAUACAUAUUGUUUUUUCACACUGAAGGGUAUAGCAUAAAACUGAAUGUAGUCCAUUAAUUAACUUUCCUUGGCCACAAGUGGAUGCUACUUACUCAAAUGUAGCACGUAUCAUUUCAUUUGACUGUAUUUUUAGUGGAUUAGUGAAUAAGUUUCUAAGAGUGGUGUAACAAAGCCCAUAUUAACCUAUGGCACAUUGCAGAACUCUAAGGCCAUAGUAUCCAAAUAGUUUAGGUUUCUUAUUUCUUUCUCCAGUCUAUGUAUUGUCAGUGAGUGUGAGUGAAGGUCAGUGUCCACCUCUAAGCAGAGCAUAUCAGGCUGCUAUCACUGAUCCAAACAGUUAGACAGACCAACUGCUGUCUGUAGAAUAAUCAGGGAACACGGCAGCUCAACUGGAGGGAACACGGCAGCUCACAUUGGAGGGAGCACAGCAGCUCAUAAUAGGAGGGAACACAGCAGCUCACACUGGAGGGAACAUGGCAGCCUACGCUGGAGGGAACAUGGCAGCCCACGCUGGAGGGAACAUGGCAGCCCACGCUGGAGGGAACAUGACAACUCACACAGGGGGUGAACACAGCAGUUCACACUGGGGGGACACGGCAGCUCACACUGGCGGGAGCACGGCAGCUCACGCUGGAGGGAAUAUGGCAGUGGACACUGUAGGAAGGUAUAUUAACAACAACUCCCUAUAUGUUUUUCACAAAGGAGCUAUGGCUAUUAUAACUAUUAGAAGUAUGAAUUAAUAUAUGCAGUACUAUAACACAAGUUUAUUUUAGGCAAUCUGAAAAUGUCAGGCUGUUAAAUUCCAAAUCUGGAGAGGGGGGGGGAAAUGCAGUUAAAUAAUGCAAUACUCCAGCAUGUUUUUUUUGGAGGAUCAAAAUCACUAGAGAAGGUCUCCUGACUGCAGAAAUCUGAACCAUAAAUAGGACAACUCAUUUGCACGACUAGACUUUUUGUUGAGUGCCAUUUUUGUGUUUUUCAGUACGUUGCCAAUAAAUCCGGCUGUGAUCCUGAUACAUUGGCGGAUUGCUUGAAAAAGAAAACUGAAAAAGAAAUCCUUUUGAUUUCAGAUUCCACGGUAUGUUAUGUAAUUACCCUGUGUUUUUCUACUAGGAUACUUGAAAACAAUUCUUGUUUAAGGUGAAACGGCAUAAUAACAGGCAGUUAGAAUUACAAAUCUUAAAGGGUUAGUCUGAUUUUAGAAAACUUUUUUUUUUUUUUUGAUGAAGUAAGGCUUGCUGGUUUGCCACCCCUUCCCCCCAAAAAAAUCAACAAAAAAAUAUGACCUGCAAACUGACACGAACUUGAUUCUCCUUUGGUGACACCACUCCCCCACUUCAGGUGGAUGAACAUCUUGGAGGAUGGGCUAAAUUGAGGACUUGGGAGGCACGGAGGGGAACCCUGCCCAAGCCGUUGGGCAUUUGUCACUAAAUGUUACAGCACAAAAUCUGCAUGUACUUUAGCCUGGGGAGAGGUGAAUGCAGGUUAUGUUACUGCUUAGAAAAUUAAGUUAGGCGGAACUGCUGGAUUUCUUCCACCAGAAAAGGAGAGAAGAAACACCUCAAUCCACAAACAAAGAGGGAAAAGUAACUUUUAUUCAAAUUAUGUUACUAUCACAGUAGUGGCAUAAAGAGGGAAGUGCUGGAUUAUUCUGGCAUGACCAGUGCCUACUCCAGCAUUUCUUCAGUGUAGUUUACAAAAAAUGCCUACAGGAUGUUACAAAAAAAUCAGUAUUUGGGAAGAAAUCCACUAUACAGUGCAUACAGUUACCUGACUUAAACAAAAUCCCUGUACAAUGCUGAGCAUUGCAGGUUGCUUUUGCAGCCUGCAUAGAAGCUCUGUAGUGGGCGCACACCUCUCCUUUCUACCCUCUCUGCUUACUGUAUUGCAGUCAAUAUAACGAAAACAGCAGUAAAGACAAAUUUUUGUUCUGAGGAUAGAGAAUACAAUGUUGCUGUGUUCAUAUAAAUUGAAGAUUAAAAACUGUUAUACAUUAUCUGUACAGGGACUUUUAGAUGUACCUGGAUGUGUAGAUGGGGUGUUUCUACCCAAACCUCCAGAAGAGAUUAUGGCGAAUAAACAGAGCAACAAUGUUCCCUUUAUGAUUGGCAUUAAUAACCAAGAGUUUGGCUGGCUAUUAUUUCAGGUAAGAACCAUUUUUGUUGUCUCCUUACAAAAUAGAAGAUUGUUUUCUAUUAAAAGUCAUAAAGAAUCAGAUGAUGUUUUGUAACAAACGUCUCAAAGUAAGAAAAUCAUCCCAAGCAAAUUAAUUUAAUGUAAAACUAAACCUUCUUAAGAUAUAGGGUUUUAAAGCAAGGUUCGAUCAGAAAUGCGUGCAAGGUCCAGAUGAAGUAACAGAAUGGGCCAACACUUAUACACAAUAAAUAACAUGCUUCAUGAGAGAUAGACAGGCUGUUCACAUUAUGAUCAGCAUUUUAUGGAUGACUGUAAAUGGAUGUUCUGCUAAAAAUUGCAAUGAUCAGGGCUAGGGAAAAUAAACUUUGACUAGAGUUCAGGAACGUAAGUAUACGAUAAAUGAGAUAAACAUAAAAUUGCCUGAUGUGUUCUGAGUCAAGUGGAACCUAAUCAUGAACUAUUAUUGCUCUUCUGUGACCAGGUAAUGAAUGUUGAUGAUUUUCAAAAUGGAAUGGAUAAACAAACAGUACAGUCACUACUGAAAAUCUUUAACUUUUUGGUAAGUCUCAUAUGCAAUCUGUAUGCACACUGAAUGUGUCUUUCGUUAUGUAUAACAAAUACCUGAUUGAUUUAAAAAAAGCAGAAUUAUUAUAUUAACAAAAACACACACAAAAAAAAACCCCACAGGGAAACCUUUGGGACCAGAAGGGUAAUGUUCCCAAAGGCCUCCUUGGAUAAUUUUAAUUAUAUUACGACUAACUUAAAGUAUAUUUAAAGAAACACUCUGGGUACCAUAAUAACUUCCUUGAAAUUAGGUCCCUGAUGCUUCCUUGCCAUUAGGGAUCAAAAGGUAUGUACCUUUUUGAAGCCGUGUUUAUGAAUGGGGAGCUCCUGAUUGGUUAAGAGCCUUAGAUGACCAUCAGUGGUGCCCCAGCUCGAUGCUGCCCAAGCCUUCUGAUGAAUUUCAGAGAACUAGAGGACAUAGGGAAAGUUCAGGAUUCAGGGAUUGCCCAGUUUUGUCCAAGGUGUUUUUUCCCUUUCUAAAAACGCCUUAGCCACAACUGGGUAAUCUCUAAAUCCUGGACUGGUAGAGAUGGGCGUAAGGAUUGGUUUGGGAACCACCGAUUUAGCUUGUUUUCGACUAGCCUGAAUGGUAACUGCACCUCCGUUACAAUUAGUCAUUAUGAGUUCAUUGUUUAAAAUUGCUUUUAUUUGAAAUGUAUUUGAAGUGAAUUUGCCCCAUUUCUGUGAUGUUGGGCUUUGCUAUUCUUCUGCCAUUAAUUAAUAAAAAAUAAAAAAAAUCCCAUCUCUGGGGAAGUGCACAGUCCCUGUGAUAGACCUCUGUGUUUAAUUUUAAUUCAACAGUUUGAUUUGUUUCUAAUCCAUUUCAACCUAUUGUGUUUGGACAUCACACUUUGUUGGUGUUCCUACCUCCACUGAAUGGGAUCAAGGUUUGUAUUGGUUUCCUCUGCAACUAUCCACCCCUCACUUUGAAGUUUACACACCUGACGUCUCCACCCUCCUUGUUAAGUUGACUUUGAACAUGCAUUUAAACAUUGCAAUGUAGGUGUAGCACUGUCUUGAUAAAAAAUCCCCGUGCAGACUGAAACGUUGAUAUGCGGGCUGCUUAAAUAAAACGGCAUAAUUGUAAUGACAUCUAUGCUUGGCCCCUUUUUGACAGUGUCAUGAAAGGGAAGGAGCAUAGUCAUUUUCACAUAAAGCCAGGGUGAAUAGCUUUAUUACAACUAUGGUGUCAAGAAUAUAUGUUUGUAUUCCUGACACUAUAGUGUUCCUUUAAUCAAAUUAAUGGAACAUUCUGGUCACCAUAACAACUUCAACUAAAUGAAAAUGCUAUGAUGCAAGGAGGCCCCUCUCUUUCUUUAAAGGGGUGAAACCACUCUCAAAUGGUUUACCCCCAAAGGCUUCCUCCAGCUCCAGAGCGCUCAGUGGUAUUCAGCUUCUUAAACGGAGUGUCAGGAAGUGCAGACUGACGUCAGGCAUGGGUGCCGCUGAUUGGCUAGAGUGGUCAGCUGACGCUCUAAGCCAAUCGUUAGUUCCCGAUUCAUAAAAAUGUUUUACGUUUUCAUGAAUGGGGAGCUACUGAUUGACUUAGAGUGCCAGCUGACCCUCUAGCCAAUCAGUGGCACCCCUACCCAGCGGCCCUCUGUGCUUCCUGACACUCAGUAAAUUAAAGUGAACACAUUAACACUGAUACUUUUUUCUACCUGGGGAGAUGAGAAGGUCCAAAGUUUUCCUGCCAGGCCCAGGUACCAAAGCCUUAUGAUGUGGUGUCCAGAAUGAAGUGCUCCAAUCUAAUUUUCUUCUCCUUCAUUUGACACAGUCUUCUUUUUCUUCUGAGGCUCCUUCUGCAGAGGCGGCUCUAGACUUUAUGAGGCCUUAGGCGAAACUCAAACAUGAGGCCCCACUAACAAAAAAGUGAAAAAAAUAGAGCUGCAUCACAUGCACACUGUCACAUAUACACAUUGAUGCACAGUUUACCUGUGUAUGUGUCUGAGAGUGUGUCUGACAGAGUAUCCUUGUGUGUGUGUGUGUGUGUGUGUGUGUGAAUGUAUGUCUCUGAGCUUUUUGGCGUUUUUGUCUGGUACCCUAUGUAUAUGGGGUAGCUGCUUGAAGUGUGUUGUGUGUAUGGGGGGGGGUGAUUAUCUGCUUGAAGUGUGUAGCUGCUUGAAGUGUGUUGUGUGUAUGGGGGGGUGAUUAUGAGAGAGAGAGGUGGGUGAUGGUGAGUGCCCCCUCUUGCCCCCCCCCCUGCGGACGCCCAUGCUAUCAGGGGAUGUGAUUUUUGUGGGGAUAUGUUGUAUUUUGGGGUACUUUUUGGGGUUUGUAAAAAUGUAUGUUUUUUCUGUUUUGGGGUUUGUAAAAAUGUAUGUUUUUUCUGUUUGGAGUUAAUUGAGUUAGCCCAUUGUCUUUGUUAAUUGUAUCACAGGCAGAGGGGAGGGAUUGUGUACACUGUAGGGGAGUGUCUGCAUGUAAGACUCUGUUUGUAUUGGUUUGUUAAUUCUGUGUCCUGGGCGUCAACCUUGUGGGGGAAAACUGUAUAAAAACUCAAGCUCUUCAAUAAACCUUCAGACCUGCUUGACCCCUUCUUGAAGCCUUGGCUCAUGUUUGGGGGAUGGGAUCACUACACUCUUGGGGAUUGCUAUAAUCACAAUACUCCCCUGCGUAUAAGCUCUUGUAAGAGCUUAUUCCUGCUACACUCUUUGGAUUAGGAGAGGUCUACCCACUGGAAGCUGGAUCCUGGUCUUAGGUCCAGGGUGUAUGGAGGACGGCGUAGCUGCAUCGCUGGAGGUGGGGUCUGCAGUGCUUGUGGUGUCUGGUGGAGUGCUGGGAGUCCUCGGCAAGCACUAGGAGCAUCGAUUGGCGGAGGUACUCGGUCGGAGUGCCAGCGGUCCGUCACACAAGCUUUCCAAGGGCUCUCUUUAGCACACUAAGCUAUAACUUUUUGGUUGUAGAAUUUGCAUCAGGAGCUAGUAAGUAGAAAAACAUUGAGUGCGGAACCCCACGCACAAUGUUUUUUUGUGUGUAUGAGAUUUCCCACAGAAAUUUCAAAUUUGCAGUGAUGUUACUACUGCAAAGGAUUUUGGGGGUGGGGUAUAUGCAAAUUAGUUCAACAAAGAAUCACAUUUCAUAUGAGAGAGAGAGAGAUAAUACACUAUGAGAUUUAUUUUAAAUAAAAACUUUUUAGUAUUUGACAGAAAAAUCCAUCCCUUUGGUAAUGGAGGAAUAUUUUGGGGACACAAGCGAUCCUUUUGAAAUCCGAGACCGAUUCCUGGAUUUGUGCGGUGAUAUCAUAUUUGUUAUACCAGCUCUGAAGACAGCGAAAUAUCACAGAGGUAGGUAACAAAAACCUUUAUCCUGGAACAUAGUAAAAUUAGAUAAUAUGCUGCAUUCAUUUUUUUUUUACAAUAAUAGUUAAAGGGACACUAUAGUCACCUGAACAUUUUUAGCUUAAUGAAGCAGUUUUGGUGUAUAGAACAUGCCCCUGCAGCCUCACUGCUCAAUCCUCUGCCAUUUAGAAGUUAAAUUCCUUUGUUUAUGAACCCUAGUCACACCUCCCUGCAUGUGACUUGCACAGCCUUCCAUAAACACUUCCUGUAAAGAGAGCCCUAUUUAGGCUUUCUUUAUUGCAAGUUCUGUUUAAUUAAGAUUGUCUAUCCCCUAUGUUAAUAGCUUGCUAGACCCUGCAAGAGCCUCCUCUAUGUGAUUAAAGUUCAAUUUAGAGAUUGAGAUACAAUUAUUUAAGGUAAAUUACAUCUGUUUGAAAGUGAAACCAGUUUUUUUUCAUGCAUGCUCUGUCAAUCAUGGCCAGGGGAGGUGUGGCUAGGGCUGCAUAAACAGAAACAAAGUGAUUUAAUUCCUAAAUGACAGUGAAUUGAGCAGUGAAAUUGCAGGGGAAUGAUCUAUACACUAAAACUGCUUUAUUUAACUAAAGUAAUUUAGGUGACUAUAGUGUUCCUUUAACUCACACUUGGUUUUACUUUAUUACAAUCUAAUAGUUUGGGUAGUUUUAAAUCAAUAAUUGCAGUAUAACAGAGAAAUUAUUAACGGGACAUGCAUCACUUGGCAAUUCUUUUUUUAAACCAGCAAGUAAACACUUUUAAACAAAUAUAAAAACCAAAAUAAAGCAAGAAAACCAUUUAUAAAUGUACUGCAAACUUGGUCAGAUUGCAUUUCUGGGCACACCUUUUUUAGCUAGGGGAAUUUAUUUAGUUUAAAAUUGAAUAUAAAUGUUAAUGAUUAUUGUAAGAAUUAAAUGUUUCUUUAAGAUUUCUGGAUAGGACGAACUUUCACUUUAUAUAUUUUAAAUAGAUAUAAUUUCACUCUGAAUAGUUUGAGAAGUUCAGUAUAAAUCUGAACAACUUUAAAAAGAUGAACAGUCACUUUAAAGAGCUUUGGAUGUUGAGCAGGAAUUUGGAACACUUUGAAUAGAUGAAACGUCACUUUAAACAGCCUAAGCAGUUGAACAUUAAUUUGGAUUAUUUUGAAUAAAUAAACAGUCACUUUGAGCACCCAAAUAGAAUACACAAUCACUUUAGAAGGUUUGGUAAGGUAGAGAGUCACUCUAGUGAAUUUAAAGAAGUGAAAUGUAACUUUAAAUGUGUUAACAGUGGUGUAUCCUGGUUUUGUGCUGCCCUGCCUGACGUCAUAUUCCGGCUCCCAGCCUCACUCUGCGGCGCGUGAGGGAGCUGAGCGGACAGCUCAGAGGAAGAGCUCCCUCGCCGCCCGCACAGCAGCCCGCACGGUCAGUUAGCCGCAAGGCUAACAAGGCAUUUGCCCUGGGCAUUUGGGGGCGGCUUUUUUGCCGCCCCCUGAAAAAUGCCGCCCAAGGCAAAUGCCUUGUUUGCCUCGCGGCUAUAACGCCCCUGUGUGUUAACAAGGUUUAGACAAAAUGCAGACCCUUUAAGCAAAGUUGCAGACACUUUAAACAAGAACUGAUUGUAUCCUGGAAGCUUAAUGACUGUAAAUUACAAGACGGAGUACUCCAAAUGCAAGUAUUUAUAAUCAAUGAAUAACUGUAUCCAAAAGGAAUCUCCAGAAGCUGAUUUAGAGGUAUAUUCACUUUAUUCCGAAUUAGAAGGAGGUAAUCUGCUUUAUUGUACCUUGAAGCAAAUUUUAGUGGGAUUGAGCAAGAGAAUAUUGCUUGGAGUCCAAAUUCAGGAUUGGAGAAGUUUGGGUAAACGAUAUCACAGGCAAAGGUUCGGUACACAAGAAAAUGUAUUUAAGAUUGAGCUCAAACGGCAGUCUUGAAUCGCUAGGAAACAGUUGAGUAAAUGAUUUUCAACACUGCUGCAGCUUUGUCUAAAUAGGAGGGCAUCUAACGUCAGAAGUAGUGAUGUCCCGAACGGUUCGCCAACGGUUCGCCAUGAACAGUUUCCGCGGACUCCAAUCAGCAGACACUUUCCAGCCAAUCAGCAGCAGAUACUUCCUUCCAGACCCUCCCACCUCCUGGACAGCAUCCAUUUAGAAGCUGCUUUCUUAGUGAGCUGUCCAGGAGGUGGGAGGAUCUGGGAGGGAGGGUCUGCUGCUGAUUGGCUGGAAUGUGUCUGCUGACUGGAGUCCGUGGCGAACCGUUCGGCGAACCGUUCGGGACAUCACUAGUCAGAAGCAAAAGCGGGCUGAUCAGGAAACCCGGGAGAGAAUUAAGGGGAAUCACUGAUGUGGUAAUGUAUUCUGAUUAUGUCAGCCAAGGAGGCGGAUCAGGGGCAGGGCCAGCGCCGGUGGACCUGUGCGGUGGCUUUAACACGAUCUUUGCAUAUAAUUAAUGGGGAAGAUUUAUCAAAGUAUUGAGAGUGUAGUGCCCUCACUGCCUGAUGAGGGAAUAAAGUUCUUUAAUAACAAGGGACGAACAACUGCUGCUGCUCUGUCACAAAAGUAUAGACUAUGUCUUUAAUAAAUUACUUACUUAACAUGCAUAAAGUAAAAUCAUAAAUGAUUAAACAUUUUAAACACAAUCUACAUUAGAAUCCACACUUUUGUGGGCUCACAUUACAUCCACCAUUUUGUAAAAACAAAACAACAAAAAAACAACAUAUCUUUCAUCUCUUACAAACAAAAUACUCCUUAUAAUAAUUCCAGCAAUGUUUUUCCCUUUUCCCGUUGGAAUGUUCUCGUUACCUGAUGAGGGAAAAAAGGUGUUUAAUAAUAAGGGACAAACAGCAGUUGCUGCACUGCCACAAAGUAUUGGCUAUAUUGUGCAGCGUUCCUUUGAUUUGUACCGUAUAAAAUAUAUACCUCAUGUUACAGAUUUGUAACGUUUACUAAUCGCUACAGAUUUAUAUUUAUAUCUCACGUGCUCCUUGCUUUUUAAAAAAAAUGUAUUCUAGAUUCUGGAUUUCCGGUUUAUUUCUAUGAAUUCCAGCAUCCAUUAGCCGUUGCGAAGAAUACAAGGCCAGACUAUGUUAAAUCAGAUCAUGGGGAUGAACUUUACUAUGUCAUGGGAGCCCCAUUCCUUCAUCCUGAUGCCUCCGCCAAAGGUAAAUCACGAUUAUUUUGUGACAUUCAUUAUUAUUUUUUAUAUAGAGUAACAUAUUCCACAGUACUUUAAUACGGGGAUGUAAAAUAACAAAGCAGGUUAAAAUGAUUAUUAAAGAAGAAAAAGCCUUGGUCCGGCUCCAAAUUAUACCUUUUUGUUUUUUUAAAGGGAUACUAUAGGCAUCAAAACAGCUUUAGCUUACCGAAGCAAUUUUAUGUGUAUAGAUUAUUCCUAUGCAGUCUCACUGCUCAAUUAUCUGCCAUUUAGGAGUUAAAUUAGUUUGUUUAUACAGCCUUCAUCACACCUCCCUUCAUGUAACUUGCACAGCCUUCUUAAACUCUUCCCGAAUAGGAACCUAGAUAAUCUAGAUUCCUGUAUUGUACACUCUGUUUAAUUUAGAAUUUCUUAUCACCUACUCUGUUGAAAGCCUCCAAAACCCUGCGGUAACCUCCUCUUUGUGAUUAAAUGUCAAUUUACAGAGUAGGAUAUAAAAAUCUCUAAAGCAAUGUAACAUCUGAUUGAAAAAUAAACCCUUUUUUUUUUCAUUCAGGCUGUGUCCGUCACAGCUAGGGGAGGUGACUAGGACUGCAUAAAGAGAAACAAGAUUGAUUUAACUCAUAAAUGGCAGAGAAUUCAGCAGUGAGACUGUAGGGGCAUGAGCUAUACACCAAAACUUCUUAAUUAAGCCAAAGUUGUUUUGAUGCCUAAAGUUUCCCUCUAAGCUGUGUUUGCAUGGUUAACAUUUUUCUUUUUUGUCACAAGAUGGUAGAACAGAGAAGGAAAGACAUUUCAGCAAAACAAUGAUGAAAUAUUGGGCCAACUUUGCUCGAAAUGGGUAAGACAUGAAGUUUACUUAUAUUUGUUUCAAAAAACACGUUUAUUUUGUAGAUUACCAAUUUGUGGUGGUAGGCAAAUGGUGAUGAAAAUUAUGGCUGUGAUGGUGUGGUAUGAAUUGCCGCUCAGAGUAUGGGAAGUAAGAAUGAUGAUACUAACAUGGAAACAAAAUGGCUAAAAAUAUGUUCUGAUACUUAAAGCAGAACUGUCCCAUUUCUGGAUGUCACCACUGACUAAACCAUCGAAAAUCACCUGUAAACGGAGUUUCUUUUAUUCAUGCAACGCUCCAUAUUGUUUUAAAUGUAUUUUGAAGAUUUAGUAACUGACAUCACAAUCCAGUUGAGUUUUGGCACAGCCAGGGCAUAAGUUGGAUUGGAGAAGGAGAACCCAGACCAUUGGUGGAGAUUUAUCAAAGUGUCGUGUUCUGAAAAGUUAUAAAAUCAGAAUCAUCUUCAAUGCAAGCUUAAUGACAAUUUGUUUGGUUUUCAUGGUGAUUGCCUGACUUUUAGAAUUUGAACUACUUUUCAGAACAGGGCUCCUCUCUUUGUGCUAUCUGCCAGGUGCAGAACUUGUAAUACUAACUGACAGGGAGCCAAGAUGGAGGCGUUCGGUACCAACAUAGAAGUAAAUAUGGCUGUGUGGAUUUCUACAUUUAAUUGCUUUCAAACACAUAUUUUUUUAGCUAUAGUGGAUAAUUAAAUUAAAUAUUGAGAAUCAUUUGAAGGGUGGGCUCCCCUUAAAGAGUUGGUUGAAUUUUUGAAACUUUCAGGUAGAUAGAACGAAAUCUGAGCCAUUUUCUUAUGGAUUGAACGAUUACUCCACGUUUAUAGGUUGAUGACAUUUUUUCUGCCUUUUCUGAAAUGGAACUUUCUGAUACAUUUUAAGUUGUCUUUCACAUUCUUUGCUCCUUUUUCCUGGAUGAUUUCACCAUUGAUUACAUUCACAAAAUAAAACAAACGAGCAAUAUUAUGGGGGGGAGAGGUGGGUGGGGAGAAUUUGUCAGAAAAAAAUAUGUCCUUUUAGACAUUAGCUGGGAUACACUGAUGAACUGAGGAAAAAAAAUGAUUCCAAAAUGGAAUCAUAAAAUUAAAUGAAGAAAGAAGCACCGUAAGGAAUAUUUUAGGGCAAAUAGUGAAAUAGUGAAAUGAACAAGAAGCGCAUCAGAUUGCUAAAAUUAAGCAGAACAGUUUUUAUACAUAACCUAUGUCAUGGGUUGGCUAGAGGAUCUUCAGCAAGUUGAGAGGCAGCGACCUAACAAAGACAGAAGGAUAGGAAGAGGCACAUUAACGGGCCUUAGAGUAGCCAGCUAACUAAAGGUAGAACUAUAAAACAACAAGACCAGACUAAGAGAAGGCUACAAACCAGGAAAGGAACAAAAUACAAAUAAAUACAAAACACAUGGUACCAGACACAAGUAUGUAACAGUAACACUAGGCAAUGGUUCGGAACAAGGAGACGAGAAAUGUCGAUAAACCACCCAGGGACUUGGUGGCCAUGGUAGUCAGACUAGCCAGAAGCCUGGAACAUGAAGCAGGCAGGAAUGUACACAAGGGCAGCAGAGCAAAAGCAUAGUCACAGCAAGCCAGGUCUAAAAAAAUAACAGAGAUUCAAAAAACAGGACAAAAUAGCACUAAGGGCUCUGGAACCACAAAAGUGCCUAGAUUAGACAGAGAUAGCUCUCUUUAUUUAGGGUGGUCCUGACCAAUUUAUUCUGCUUCCUGGAAAUGAAUAACACUGAAACCCAACCCACAUAUGUUCUGCAAAACAAGCACUCUAUGUGAUUAAGCAACCAUUUGAAAUCAUAGCAGCAGAACAGGCUCCACAGUGGUAUGGUGAGAGGAGUGUAGAAGCAGGAAGUAGAAAACAGAGGUUCAAGUCCUGCCAGAAACAGUAAGCAGUAGGUUUCCUGACUGUUACAAAUAUGAAGAAGGUGGAUGGAGAAUCCAAUCCAGGAAAAGAUAAGGAACUAUGGGGGAAUUUGAAGGGGGAAGGGAGGGGCAGAGUGGCAGGUAGGUAAUUGUCUCAUCUUAUUUCCUUCUAUAGAAGUAGUGUAUAUGUAACCUUCGUUAUUCCAUCCAUGUGUACUUUGAUGAAUACCCUCAGUUUACACACAGUCUUUGAUCAACCAGUUUUUGUCUUCCGAUCCACAGAGAUCCCAACGGACCAGGUCUAGUAAAAUGGCCAAGAUAUCAAGAAAAUGAAGCUUACAUGCAACUUGACUUGGAGCAGAAACCCUCAGAAAAGUAUAAAGCAGACAAGUUUGUUUUCUGGACCAAAACUCUUCCAGAGGCCAUUCAAAAGAUGUCAGAGGAACAUAGAGAAGAUCACGGAGAACUGUAGAUUUGUAUAUAUCAUCAUAGUUAUCACGUUUCUUCAUAAGAAGUAACAAAAAUGGUUAAAACAAUCACUGCUAAGUAGCUCAAGAUGUCUAAAGUUUGUGUUCAUCUCCACCUUGGGUUAGUCCUCAAGGAUCUGUGAUUUAGCAAUCUGCCAGCCAGGAACACUGACACAAUCUGGGCCAAUUCUAUCUCAUUUCUGCAAAAUACAUUUUCUUUCAAGCCGUUGUAAGAUGACUAUUCACCAGAAACCAAGCAAGCUCUCAACUAAUGGUCUGAUGUUACCUUGUAUCAAUACAACUGGUUUCAAGUUUAUUUUUUUUAUUGUUUUAUUUUAAGGGUUUAUCCUUGCCCAAAUACAAUAAAUAAAUAUCACAGUUUAGUACACAUACCCCAAAUGAACACAUGCUAUUUAGUUUUUCUAGUUAUUGUGUGGAACAUUUGUUUGUUCGGCUCAACAAGGAUAAAUGCUUGUUAAAAUAGGCCUUUGAUGUACUCCUCUCGCUUAGCAUUUUUAACCUCGUAAUACUGUCCCUUCCAACCCCUCUACCUUAUAACAACACCCCACCCUACUCGAAGAAAGAAAGAAAGAAAGAAAGAGAUUAAAUUUUUUUUAAAUAAAACCUCCCUUAGCGGACUCCAGUGAGUGUAUGGGACAUAAGGACUCAUUGGAUAGACACUACAUUACUGUCCAAUUGGCAAUAAAUUAUGUAUAGGCCAGUGGACAUUACCGGACAUUGACAUAAGAUCCCUCUAGUGACUAUAUGAGCAUUUCAGAUUAAGGUCUUAACAUUUUUUAGUUUAAUUAUUAUUUUGUCGAAGACUUACUGAAUUAACAUUUUUCUAUUAUCCCAUUGGUAAUUAAUGAAGAGUCUUCUACAAAAGCACUAGCGGGACCUCAGCUCAAUAUGUAGCUAACUUGCUAGAUUGUCAAACCCGAUACUAUGUACAUAAUAAGUUGCCUACACUCACCCUCAAACACAAAUCCAACUUGUACUCAAUGGACAGAUCGCGUGCAUUAUACUUAUGUUUUUGUUAUAUAUCUAUCUUAUUGAUAUGCUGCGCACUUGGAGUCUGUACUGUAUUUUUGUUACAUAUGCUUUGAUAAAAAUAUAAAUAAAGAAUUUUGUUUUAAAAAAAGAGAAGAAAUUUUUUUAAAACGUAAUUGUUUUCUCACACCCCCUCGCAUCACCACCACAUGUCCAGGGCAGCUCACACAUAUCACCACCACAUGUCCAGGACUAAUGUUCUGGUCAACUGCUGCCUAUUAAAUUUAGCUCCACUGAGAUAACUAAAACAAGUAAUGGGACCGGUUGUCUGAUUGACAGCCAGGGGGUGUAACAAAGUUAAUUCAUAAAAGUGCACAUUUCUAUUGAUAUCAGCUAUUUUUGUAAAAUGAAAAAACAAGGACACCCUUAACACAUAAAGCACUUUAGCAAGUUCUUUAGAGGUCCAGAGUGCUCUUUUAAAGUUUGCAUUUAUUGUGCAUUAAAGAUAAAGUUGUUCUUUUCUGUAAGCUAUUGUAAAGUUGGGCGAUUGACUAAAACUAGGGGAAAGGCUGGCAUGUGUUAUAUGUAAGAAUAUGGUAAUGUGACCACUAGGCAAAAUAGGCAGCCCCCUAGGGCACACAGGCACAGGGACCCAGUCUCCGGGUGACCGGCAAGAGGGGAGUGCACAGCACAGUGUUCCCCCUCCUGCUAAUCACUGCAUUUAGCUUGGCCAAGCAGGCCAUCGGUAGAGUAUCUUCUGUAUCUGUCUCUGAGAGGAAGCUGCUCGUUGAGAACAAUGAACAGACCCUCCGCCGUGGUCCACCCAACCAAGCUACAAGGUGAUAAGCACUGCAGAAGGAGGAAGACACCACUAAACAAUAGACAACAAGGCACACAGAAGGGAUGAAGGAACAUAGAUACUCAAAGGGGGCUGAUGGGGGACAGAGGCACACAGGGACAAAAAGACACUCAGAGGGGCGGGAGCAAAGACAAACAGAGGUGAUGGGGUAGGACAAAGAGACACAAAGUUUACUUUUUUUUUGUGGGGGGGGUGGGCAGGGUAGCUGAUCUUGCCUAGGAUGCUGAAUAGUCUAGCACUGGCCCUGUUCACAGCUGACCUAGCACUUCGUCAGACUGAAAAAAUAUUUUUAUACUUGGAUUUUUUUUCUUUUCUACCACAAGACACCUUAAAAAUAUAUAUUAAUGAAAAAUGACAGCUCAGUUGACUCUCCUUAAUAAGUAAACCCCACAAUGUAAUUGAAUUCAAUGAAAUUGAUGUGUGAAUUAUUUGCAGUUUGGUUUCACGUAUCAGUAUUUACUGGUAAUGUAGUAUUCUCUUCUCUGUCUGCUGGAGUGAAAAUGUUCAGAUAUAGACAGUCUUCGGAAACAGGGAGCAACUUGAUGUUAUCUGUAGAAAGCUCUGUGACGAGAGCAAUCUCACCACUUUGCAUUGGAGAAGCCUGGUUGCUCGCCUGUUACCUUUAGACUAUGGCUCCAUGUUAAAAGCCUUCUUUCCCCUGGCAGAAAAGGCUUAUUCGUGCCUUUCUGCCCGGCGGUCGGUAGAUUCAAUCUACCGAACUCACGCACGAAUGACUGGACCACCUGGGAGCUGGAGUGUGUCGGCAAUUUACCUCCCAGAAGCUGUGGUUAACCGCAGCUUAAUUGACGAAUGCUGGGUGGCCUUUGUUCGGUUGCCGAACGGCCAGCGGUGUUCAGCGCCCAAACUAUGGAACUAUAAAUGGACACUUAUUUGCGCGAACACCGCUGAGCCGUCAGCCUCCUUGCUUCUGCAUUCGGUCAUUUAACCGGAUGCCUGUUCAUUCGGUAGUUUAAACCGUAUGAACAGCAUUACACCAGAUAGCCAUCCCGUGGAGUCUAUUCGUAUGGAGAACAGACUUUAUGAACACUUUAACUCCAUGGCGAUUGGACUGUGUGCAUAGGAUCUGAGGGCGAUUCGGUACUUUUGUGCGCUCAGAUCCCAGCUAUCUGGGGAUGGGUUACAUGUAUAUAUUUUGUGUGAUAAAUGUAGUAUUGUACAUUUUAUUGUAUUUUAGUGUUUUAUUGUAACCAUGUGGGUAAUGGCGUUUUGCCUCUGUCCAUGGAGAUAAUUGGAUUACUUCCCAAUUAUCUCCAGGAUAGAGGGGAGGGAUUGUAAUGUAUUGGGGGAGUGUUUUAACCCUGUCUGCCUGUGAUUGGUCAUUGUACCAUUUGUGUCCCAGUCUUCCAUCUGGUCCCCUAGGGGAGUGUCCACCAGGUGGGAGACCUGCAUAAAUACUGGGCAGGUAGCCCUCAUUAAAUCAGACCACUGCUUGACCCUCAACAGGGAGCUCUGUCUAGUUUUUGGGGGGAUUUACUGUAUGCUGAUAGAGACUGAUUGCUAGGAGUGUAAGCCGCUUGGGUGCUUUUCCUGUUCGUCUGCUAGCAGCUAUUCAUGAGGUUCCAGUUCGGGAGUUUGGAGUGCUAUUUUGUAUGCAGUUAGGGAGUUUGGAGCAUUCCCUUAUAUGUUUGGUGUUCUGCAGUAGCUGUGCCUGUAUCUCUGGAAGUGGAAGAUCACCCAAACGGCAGUUUAACCCUUUUAUGCUGAGGGUGCCGUUACAAGCUCCAUAAAAUAUUCUAGUAUCGAAAUGUUUUAUAAACACAUGGACAGCUUGGGACACAUAUAAAUUAAACAUAUCUCAGAAAUGUAGUUCCAAAAACAGCAAGAAUAACCAUUUAUGAUAAACAUGUGGACACAAACAUAAAUAAGUGCUUGUUGGAGAGAGGGAGUAGUGCAUUUAAGGAAUUCUAAGAUGUCUCAGAUAUAUAUGUAAAAAAAAAAAAGAGUAGAGUACAACAAAAUAUAGUGCAGUAUUUCUGGUGCAAAUGGGUAGACGAGAAAAGGAAAUGCACUUACAGUGUAUAGAGCUUACGUUCAGGGACGUUUGGCACCCGGGGUGGGUCCUGUGUUUGACAACACCCCUCACCCCCUUUAAAAUGUAAAAUACACCCACACAUUUUUAAAAUGUUUUCAAGAAUAUAUAUUGCGCACAUUUGUAAAUAGUAUAUCAACUUGAAAACACUAGAACUAUAAAAAAAUAAUUAUUAACUUAGAAAUAAAACAUUGUCCUCCCCCCCAUUAUACAAAACUCCUGUCCUGCCUCCAUUAUACAAAACCCCUGCCCUAACCCAUUAUAAAACCCUGUCCUUCCACCUUAUACAAAACCCCUCACCCCGUCCAAAAAUCCUCUGUCCCCCUUCCACAAAAAACCCUGCCCCCUCAUACAAAACCCCUGCUCUUCCCCAUUCUACAAAAUCCUGUCCGGCCCCCCUAUACAAAACCCCUUCACCACCCCUUCACUCUGUAUGUGUGUGUGUCUGUGUCUCUGUAUGUGUGUGUCUCUGUAUGUAUGUGUGUGUGUCUCUGUCUGUGUGUGUGUCUCUGUAUGUAUGUGUGCGUCUCUGUAUGCGUGUGUGUCUGUGUCUCUGUAUGUGUCUGUGUGUGUGUCUGUGUCUCUGUAUGUAUGUGUGUGUGUGUGUCUCUGUAUGUGUCUGUGUGUGUGUCUGUGUCUCUGUAUGUAUGUGUGUGUGUGUGUCUCUGUAUGUGUGUGCAGGGCUGCCAUCAGACAUUUUGGGGCCCUAACACAGCUCAAAGUCUAGGCCCCCGGGGGCUUACCUACAAGCCUGCCCUCAGGGCCCACCUCUAAAUCCCACGCACAGGCCUGCCUUCAAGUCCGGACACAGUAUGUCUGUUUUGUGGAUGCAGUUUGUAUUUUGGAUGCAGUUUGUGUAAAGUGGACAUGGUGUGUGUUAGUACAUGUGUAGUGGAUGCAGUGUGUGUGUGUGUGUGUAGUUAAUGCAGUGUAUAAACUUCCACACACAUGAUACACAUGCACAUAGACACACAUGCCAAUCCACAGACAUACAGAUACACACACUAACACAGAUACACACACGUACACACAUUGACACAUAGUUACACACACGCAUAUACCCACACUGGCACACACAUAGAUACAAAGAGACUCAUAAACAUUGACACAGAAUACACACCCAGACACAAAAAAGACACACAGAUUCACACAUACAAAGAUACACACACUGACACACAGAUACACACACAUAUACUGACACACAUACAUACAGACACACACAUACACACAUACAUACUGAUGGUCUUUGACCAAAGACCCGACACAGGAGGGUGCCUGGCAGCUUGCCCUUUAUGCCGCCGGGUGUGAGGCCCCUCCAGUUAGUCUGCUCUAUUCGAAAACCGCCCAGCACUUCAAUCGGUCUGCAGCUCCGCCAGGCGCAUAGCUGCAGACUGAACUGUCUCACUGUCACAUCCUGUUCCAUGCUGCGGAUCAUUCUGGUGAUGGCUUCUGGUAUCCAGUACUCUUUUUACAAUUCUUGUUUAGUUUUUCUUGGUUUUUUGGUUUUCUAUUCUAUGUCUGGUUUUCUUUAUGCUGGGAUUUCUGGGUUAAUUCCUAUAUUCCGUCCCUGGAUUUCCCAGUCUCUUGGAUUCAUUUAAAUGUUUGUUUUAUUUGCCACACCCGUUUGUUUCAUAUCAUCAGGCAUACUGGGUCCCGGUCCACGCACUGCCGUCCAGACAGUGUCUGGGUCCCGGGCACCGGACCGCCACCCGUGACAGUAUGGCCGUAGGCCCUUGGAGUUCGUGGAGUGGACUUUGCAGCUUUCCUGUUCUGUCUGUGUCGUGUUAUGCCUGGUUCUUCUGCAUGCAAGAGAUCCUGUAUCUGGACCAGUCUGCUGGAGAUGGCUUCCUAAUUUUUGUCGUGGAGGAGGUUGAUCUGCUAAGCUGUACGGUGGUCGCUUCAGGUGUUCUCUUGUGAUGCUUGUUUCCAGUUUUGUGGCAGUGCUCCUGUUCUGGCGGUGAUCUUCAUUCGUUGCUGGUGGUUCCUAUGCAGGAGGCCUUUCCGGUGGGGGAUCCUUGCCUCCGUGGAAGUCAAGAGGACUUCGUUGCAGGAUCCGCUCGCCAUUCCUGGUCUCUGCCUGGGAGCUGUUGGGUGCGUCCGGAGGUCGCUCCUUAGGAGGGGAGUUAUGUUACAUCCUGUUCCUCGCUGCGGAUCAUUCUGGUGAUGGCUUCUGGUAUCCAGUACUCUUUUUACAAUUCUUGUUUAGUUUUUCUUGUUUUUUUUUUUUUAUUCUAUGUCUGGUUUUCUUUAUGCUGGGAUUUCUGGGUUCAUUCCUAUAUUCCGUCCCUGGAUUUCCCAGUGUCUUGGAUUCAUUUAAAUGUUUGUUUUAUUUGUCACACCCGUUUGUUUUCCAACAUUUCUUUUGUUUCAGUGUUCCUGUAGGCAGCUGCUCAAGUCUUCUGCCCUUUCUUGCAGGUAAGUACUGUGUGUUUUCUUUGGCUUGGUUUAGCUUACAUUAGGCAGAGUAAUGAUUUAGAUCAAAGCAAACUUUGAUUAUUUGUCUUUCUACUCCUUCCAAAUUGAUUAAUGCGUGCAUGCUCUUCCUAGAAGUAAUUCACACCGGAAACAAAGUUUCUGAUUAGUGAAAAACCUGAGGAAAAAAACCUUUAUUCCCCGGAGUGGGAGCCCCUUUUAAAGCAGAAAUACGUCACGUACAGAGUCACAGUUAACAUACAGUAUUCAUUCAACAAUUGGUUAACAGUCUAAGGGGUCUUGUCUAAACCUCCCCCCUGCCCCACUACAGGAUGUAAUGUCAUCAUUACAGAGUUCUCCCACCCACAUUCCAGCUCCAUCUUGGUUACACGAUGGGAGGGGGAGUGAGUAGUAGUUACUGAACAGAGAAGGGGAAACAGUUACUUUAACAGCGAUUCUCCAUUUUGUUACAUGUGGCACAUAGCUGUUAACUUGCACAACGGAAGUGUGGGAGGAGUUUAGUAAAGGAAGCUGUUCUUUUAACACAGGAAUUUGUUACACGAGGCUUGCUCGAUGGGAAGGGGGGAGGGAAGCAGGAUGGGAGGAAUUUGCAGAGGAAAUAGUUACUGAGCACACAUUGGGGGGGAAGGGAAGCUUUUACUCUAGCAGCCAGUUUAACACAGUGAACACAGAAUAAAUAGACAUUAGUAAAUAGCCAUUUUAUUUUAAUUGUUUUGUCCAUAACAGUAGGACCUGCCAGAUAUGGGGUACAUUGGUGUUGUUGGCAGACUUAUGCAAUGUAGGAUCAUAUAAUGGAACUAAAUCCCCAUACUUUUCAUAUAUAUUGCUUAGUUAUGUCUCCUCUUGUUUUGCCUAUUAUAUCUUGUCUUGUUUUAUUUUGUCUUGUAUUCCCAGUUCAUGUACAGUCCUGCCCUGCCCUGCCCUGUUCUUGUUUUCCUCAUGUCUUGUGUACAUGUUCUGGGUUCUGCUUUCUGUCCUGCUCUGGUUCUGGGUUCUUCUAGUUUUGUCUUGUUUUCAUGUUUGGUGCCUAUCUCUAGUCUUGCCUUGCUUCUGUGCUGGAUACAAACCUGCUGCAGAGCCUCCCUAUUCAGCUCUGGGAGGUCUGCUUAUUUCCUAGCCCCUAGUUCCUGGGAUCCGCAUAAGCUGAAUCAGGGUUCUGGUUUGUGGCUGCAUAAACGCUGGUGCUCUACAUCAGGGGGCGUGCGGUUACCCUGCACCAGACCCUGCUAAUCCUCCUCCACACUGUGACUCCUACUCUGAACAUCAGGCAUACUGGGUCCCGGUCCUCGCACCACCGCCCGGACAGUGUCUGGGUCCCGGGCACCAGACCGCGACCCUGACACUCGCGAUCUCCAGUGUAUCAGAGCAUUGCCGUGGGUUACCACGUCAAUGCUCUCAUACUUUUGGAGAUCGCAAGACUUACUAUGUGGUCUGCAGCUCUCCGCCCGAUGCACCCCACACAUGUGCAGCACUGGACUAGGAAGCACCUCUAGUGGCAAUCUGAGUGACUACCACUAAAAGGUGUUACUAGGCAGCAAUGUAAACACUGCCUUUUCUCAAUAGGCAGUAGGACAGGCAGUAGACACCAGAACCACAUGACGCUGUAGUGGUUCUGGUGACUCUAGUGUCCCUUUAAACAAGAAGAAAACAACAUAUAUUUAUUUGCAUGACUGCUGAAGACUUAGCUUUGGGAGGGAGGGGGAGAUUUUAUAAGGUGAGAUGGCUGUAGGUGUGACUUGUGGGCCAUGUUCCAGCUAAAAUGGAUUGCAGCUGAUUUGACUUAUUCUAGCAAUUAAGUGAUUUGUUGGACAGAUGUAAUUUGAGAUAGGAGUGGCUAACACACAUGUUUGUUCAUGGUCUGAUAUAAACCUGAUCCAGCACAGACAUGGUAAACUGCUGGUUGAAGCUACUGUUGACAACUCCCAUAACUCUCUGCCAGCCAGAGGGCAGAACUGCUUGAGGGUGACACGAUAUGACAGAUCUGAUCAAAGACUUAUUGUAACUCCUAAUACAUCUGUAUGUAUACCUCAGAGAGCUAAUGGUGGGCAACAUAUGGGGUCAUCAUGCCCAUAACAGGACCCCAUAUGCAGGGCCGCCAUCAGGGCAUGACAACCAUAACGGUUGUCAUGGGCCCGGCGGUCCUGGGGGGCCCGGACUGCUCUGGCAGUCCGAGCCCCACAUUCCUUAUGUGCACAUAUAUAUAGCGGUUUUCUUUCCAGCUCCUCUCUGUAACUUUCCUGCGGCACGCAGGCCGGUCUCUCAGAGAGGAGCUGGAAAGGAAGACAGUGUGCUGCUGGGCCCCCUCUUCAAUGUACCACGGCUGGCUUCCUCCACAAUGCGAUCUCCCCCCUCCCUGGCACGGUAAGAAGCAGGGAGGGGGGAAUAAAAUGUAAAAAAAAUACACAAAUAAAACUUUUUUUUUUAAAAAUACUCCCCUUCCCCCUAUUUUACACACACACUGCAUCCUUACAAGUACACACUCUGCAUUACACACACACUACAUUCACUAAACACACUCUGCAUUACACACACACACUACAUUCACUAAACACACUCUGCAUUACACACACUACAUUCACUAAACACGCUCUGCAUUACACACACACUCUGCAUUACAUACACACACUACAUUCAUUACACACUUUGCAUUACACACACUACAUUCACUAAACACACUCUGCAUUACAUUACACACACUAGUCACUAAACACACUCUGCAUUACACACACUACAGUCACUAAACACACUUUGCAUUACACACACUACAUUCACUAAACACACUCUGCAUUACACACACACUGUAUUCACAACACACUUUGCAUUACACACACACUACAUUCACUAAACACACUUUGCAUUACGCACUCUGCACUACACACACACUACACUCUGCACUACACACACUACAUUUACUAAACACACUUUGCGCUCACUAUAAACACUGCAUUCACCACAAUCACACUACAUUCACUAUACACAUUUUGCAUUCACUACAAUCACACUACAUGAACUAUACACACUUUGCACUAACGACAAUCACUAUGCAUACUUUGCACUCGCUACAAACACACUACAUUCACUAUACACAUUUUGCAUUCACCACAAUCACACUAUAUGCACUAUAAACACUUUGCACUCACUACAAACACACUACAUUCACUACAAACACACUACAUGCACUAUACACACUACUUUCACUACAAAAAAACACUCUGCAUUCACUGUACACACACUAGAUCCAAUACAAAAACACACACUUUGCAUUCACUAUACACCCCUACAUUCACUACACAAACACUCUGCAUCUAAUGCAUGCAUACAAACAUUACAUACAUUACACAAAAUGUACAAUCUGCAUCCACUACACAUACUGCAUCCAUGACACACAUACCACAUCCACUACACACAUUCUACAUCCACUAUACACACUGCAUCCAUGACACACAUUCUACAUCCAAUAUACACACACACUUCAUCCUUGUGGGCGGACUCGGGCUGGCCCCGGGGGCCCAGAUCUUGAGCUGUGUCAAGGGCCCUAAAAUUUCUGAUGGCAGCCCUGCCCAUAUUUAAUUCAACUGCACCAGUUACAUUAUGGCUUUUACCCUACAUAUUAUAUAUAAUAAAAUGUUAUAAAUCAGCAACAUAACUACAAAUGUGACUAGCAUAGUACAUAUUAUUAUUAUUAUUUACAUACCUUAGAAUAUCAUUUUAAUGCUCAUUUCCUUCGUAAGCACAGCCCUAAUGUCAGCUACUUUGUAUCAGCAUGUGUAGCCAGGUGUUAUUAGGCCAUUUCCCACUCAGUCAGUUAGACUGUUGCAUGUGCCAGACUUCCCUGCUUGUACAGAAAGAGGGGAGGAUUGUAAAGGCUGCCGAUAGCAGUUCUGCAACAUUUGCAAGUUGUUUUUACAUAAACGCCCCAAAAAAACAUGCAGGAAAAAAAAUACAAAUUUGGGAGUAUAUAUAUUAAAUAUAAAAUAAAAUCAAUUGAGGGGUGAAGCGCGCAAUUUCGAGACCCGAUCGGUGUGCUUGAAGCUGAGCUGACUUAUGAACCGAUGGGUAGAGAACUGCCAUGAGGCAGAAGCAAGCAAGACGUGCUGGAAGAGGUGAAGAAGAAGCAAAGCACUGAUGGCUAAACCAAGUGUCACAACCGCCAUACAACAGGAGAGAGCUGCUCGAGCAAAAAAAUUAAGCAGUGAGGUGGAGGGAAUUGGAAGCUGUGGGCGCCCACUGGCAGCCCUUUAUGCCAAGAGCCCCUGUAAAUUAAAAUAUACUGAAAUAGAAUUAUUCAGGGGCAAGACUGUGAGAUAAUUAACUUGACACUGACACCCCUGUGAAUAGGGGAGAUACGUCUAACAAGACAAGGUGUAAUACGCACCAAAAAUCACAGAAAACUCCCAGGAUUAAAAUAAUAUAUGGUGUAAUUCUGAACCUAAUUUAAUAGGAUGGAAGGAUAGAAACGAAAGAAGGAAAGAAAAGAGGAGAAAGAAAAGGAGAAAUAUUCACUAAACUGUGAACUCCAUAGUUACACCGCAUAGAAUAAAAACAUAUCCCACCUAAAAACUUGACACAUGUGAAGCUCUCCACUAAUAAGUUCAGUGCUUCUGCAUGAUUGAAACUAAAUCUAGAAAACCCGUCAAAAUUUAAAGAGACAAUUUUUUAUUUUUUUUAUUUCUGCUUUCGUCAAAUUGUUACACGUUAUAUGUUAUUUAGCAAUACGAUAUGGCAAACAGAAAGACCCAAGAUCAAAGAAAAAGCUGAUAACAAAGGAGACUCUUUGGAUAAAUGCUUCUUCUUCUUUACUCCACUUACUCUACAUACGAUUUCAGAAAUGAUUCCAUGAAAAGUAUUGAGAGUGAUUUAAUAGAAAAAAAAACAAGAAUCCACAAAUCAACAACAAAAUGUCACAGUUUAACUACUAAACAGUGCCCUGGAAAUCCAAUUGGAAGAAAUAAAAAAUGAAAUCCUUACAGAUGAAUAGAAAAAAGAUAUUCUAGCAACAAACACAAAGAUCUCUGAAAAUUCUGAAAAAUUCAAGAUGUAGAACAUACUUUGUCUCAAACUCAAUUGGAAUUUCAACAAAUACAAGCUAAAGUUAUCUCAUUAGAACAAAAAGCUGCUGAUUUAGAAGAUAGGACGAGACACAAUAACCUAAGAUUGAGAAACAUCCCAGAGGAAAUAACUAAAGUAAAAUUAGAAGAAUACUUGGGAAAAUGUUUUGCGUCCAUCCACAUUACAAGAGAAAAAUAUGUCGGUCUUAUGGAGGCUGGCAAGUAGGGUCCUUCAGGAACUUGAAAAGGGGAGUUUGUCACAGGAGGAAUUGCAAAGAAUAAGAUAACACAGGGUUCAUAAUAAGAGAUAAUUAAUGAAAAUAGUCACAAAUGAGAGAGGGGGAUUUAAGAAGAAAAAGAAAGCAUAAGGGGAAAAGAUAGAAAAUGGAAGAUAGCCACUUUUUUUGGAAAAGUGUUUUCACGUUUAGUUUUCAAUAAAUCCACACAAAAUAGUUUUAACGCGUAACGUAUGGGUAUUUUAAAAGUACAAGAGUAAGAAAUAUUGGGGACAGCUUAACGCUUAAACAUGUUUGUUUGUUUUUUAUGUGUGCGCUUGUUUGUCUCCUCUAACAGGUUCAUAAUUCCAGUCACCAUUUGGCCCUCGUUUUUUCCUUUUUUUUGUUAGAUAUGUCUUAGGAAACGAUACAUCUCCCUGUCUAAACUGGGGGUGGGUUUGACAGGGAGGGUACUCUUUAAGUACCUUAAUCUAGAGAUUUUAUCUAGGAAAGGUUGUACAAUCUACAUUUGUCGAAUUGAUGGGUUUUUUUUGUAUUUACUUUUCUCAAUGUUUUUAUUUCUCUAAUGCUGUUCAGUUAAAUGUCUGCUCUGGGGAAGAGAGAGGGUGGCCCCAAAUAUUUGAUAAUGCUUAAGUUUGUUACACUAAAUGCGCAGGGAUUCAACUUCCAUUUAAAGAGAUCAAUUUUGCUCCAAAGCCUUCUUUAAAUUUAAUCAUUAAACAUGUCGAAUACGAUGAAGGAGGGAGAUAUUUAAUAAUAAUAUGUAUAAUAAAUCACAUUUCUUAUACCCUAGCCAGCAUAUAUGCCCCAAAUUGUAUGGCAAUACAUUUUAUAUUGGAUUUUUGUGAUAGACUAGACAAGAUAAAACAAGGUUCAGUAUUUUUGGCAGGCGAUUUCAGUUAUAUCAUGAACGUAAAGAUGGACAGACAGUCACACUCAGAGCAAACGAUAGAAACUCCUUAUCACAAGCAACUCGGUUUCGCUCCUUGACUCACAGUAAUGCCCUUCUAGAUACAUGGCGAACCCACUAUCUGGAUGUAAGGGAUUAUAUGUGUUUCUCUAAGACUCAUUUGUCUUAUUUGAGAAUUGACUAUAUUAUGGCCGACUUUGACACAGCUGGAAGAGUAAAGAAAUUCCAAAUUAUAGAAAUUCCCUGAUCUGACCACAAUUUGACUUAUAUGGAUUUAAAAGAUCAAUUUAAAAAGAUAAGACCUGAAUGGAAACUAAAGGGAUUCCUAUAAGAAUCUCUCCAGAAAAGGGGACCAUAUUAAAAAAACAAAUUUUUCUUUAUUUUAAAGAGAACAUCACUCCUGAUUCUUCACCCUCAAAUAUAUGGGCAGCUUUUAAAUGUGUUAUAAGGGGCCAUUUUAUCAAACUGGCAACACCCGAUAAAACUCGAAAAUAGAUUAGAUUAACAAUCCAGAAUUAAUUAAUCCAAUCCUUCUAUAAAACAUUUCUAAAUUAAUCGAAAACAUAAAAAGUCUAAUUAAUGAUCUACUAAUUAAAAAACAAAUAGAAUCCUGCACAAAAGGGAAACCUGUUGGUAUUAUAAACGCAAUAGGGCUGAUACACUACUAACAUCUAACUUAAGAAAUUUAGAUAAAUCUAAAAUUGUUCAUGAUGGAAAAAUCUGCUUAUCUCCAGAUAAAAUUGCUGGAGCGUUUGUGAAAUACUAUAAAGAACUAUAUAAUUCCACAAAUCAUUUAUCAACAGUUCAAAUGGAAUAGUAUUUAAAAAAAAAAAUGAGAAAAUUAUCUUAUUCCCAAAUUAAAAAAACUUAAUAUGCUCUUUUCAAAACAAGAAAUUUAUAAAUCAAUCGAUAAGUUGGCACCUAAAAAAGCUCCGGGUCCAGAUGGCCUUUUGGGACUUUUUAAUAAAACUUUCAAGGAUGAGAUAGUUCCACAUUUAACUACUGCCUUUAAUGAAUUUGCCGAUAAAGGCUUACUACCCAAGGGCCUCCUGAGAGGUACCAUCAUAACAAUUCUAAAACCUGAUAAAAUCUGAAAGAUGUCAGGAGUUAUAGACCCAUAACACUCCUUAAUGAAGAUAUAAAGAUGUGCACUGGGGUGCUAGCUCAUAGGAAGAAAACGGUCAUAUCCGAUUUAAUACAUAUAGAUCAGACUGGAUGCCUGAUAGAUCAUCUUCCAUCUUCGAGUCGUACUCGAACAUUAUUAAACAUAUAUGAGAUUGCUCGUAAACGAGGCUCUCCUUUGCUGACCCUGUUAUUGGACGCGGAGAAAGCCUUUGACAGAGUCAGCUGGGAUUUUUUGACAAAUACUCUUAAAUUCUUUGGUAUUACAGGUAGAUUUUUUUUAAAGCUAUAAUGGCUUUAUAAUCAAACCCAACAGGAAAAAUAAUAAGUUAUGGAUUUUCCACAAACUGGUUUACCCUCACAAAUGGUACCAGGCAAGGAUGCCCACUGUCACCGCUUCUCUACGUACUGACAAUUCAAUUAUUAGCUAUAGAUAUUAGAUACAACAACAAAAUAAAAGGGUUUAAAGACAAUGUAGAAAGUAAACUUAAACUAUAUCCGGACGACAUACUCAUAACUAUAGAGGACCCUGUAAAUUCUAUCAAGGAAAUAAUGAAGUUCAUUGAAAAUUAUAGUCAAUUCUCGAACUACAAGUUGAAUACAUCAAAAUAAAUUGCUCUUCCCUUACUCAUGAAUACUAGGAUGAUAGCAGAAAUUGAUUUGAUUUUGCAAUGAUUUUCUUUGGGCUAAAGAAUAUUUCUCCUAUCUAGGCAUAAAGAUAUUCCGAGACCCAUGAAAAUGGCUUGAGAUAAAUUUGCUACCUUUAAUAAAAGAGAUUAAUACCAACUUUAAAAGCUGGGGGAAAAAAGAGAUCUCAUGGUGGGGCAGGAUCAACACCGUUAAAUCAAUCCCCAAGAGCUGGAUUAUGUUAAUUCAGUCUUUAUUUUCUAAAUUUAUCUGGCUCAAGAAAAGACCCAAGAAUAAGCUUAAAAUAUUUUUUGAAAAAACAUCGACAAGGGAGGACUAGGACUUACCUGCCUGAACAGACUUAAUCAGGCAUAUUUACUAGCCCAUGCUAUCCAUACUUUUCAUCAAUCAUCUACCAAUGAAAGCUGGUACAAUCUUGAAUUGAAGAGAAUUUGUUCAUACAAAAAACUAGCUUUAGUUUUUUGGCUCCCUUCAGAGUCUAUUAAAAAGUUUGAUUUUUUUUUUCAGAAUAUAUCUUCAUUAAACCAGAUCUUAAAAAAACUGGUAUAAGAUUAAGGAAAAUUUAGGUCUCAGGUGACAAAUCUUGCUGUCCUUGAGGAUAGACACUUUUAGUGAACUUUUGAUGGAUGCUGAUCUGUCCCAGUGGCAGUGGCGUAACACAAUCCAUGGGGCCCUGGUGUAAAACUGAUCCAUGCUCCCUCCCCCUUUCCCUCGCCCCAACAGACACACACACAUACAUACAUACAUAGGCAUACACACAUAUACACAUACAGACAAACAGAUAUGUACAGACACAUACAUACAAACAGACAGGCACACAUGCAGACAGACAGACACACACACAGACAUACAUACAGAUCGACACAGACAGGCACACACACAUACAAAUACAUACAUACAAACAGACAGGCACACAUACAUACAGACACAUACAGACACAUACAUACAGACACACACACAUGCAGACACACAGACAGACACAUACAUACAGACACACACACAUGCAGACAGAUACAUACAUACUAAGACACAUACAUACAAACAGACAGGCACACACAGACAGGCACACAUGCAUACAGACACACACACAUACACAUGCAGACAGACACACACACAUACAAAGACACAGACAAACAGACACACACACACAGACAGGCACACACAAAGACACAUACAUACAAACAGACCAACUUAACUUUUAAUAUAAUUGUAAAUAAAAUAAAAUAAGUAAAUCAAAGCUUUACUUCAAAGAUGUUUUAAUUUAAGGUACAACUAAGACUCUAUUUCGAUACCUAUUACCUAUCUCUUUGGCGACACCUACUGGUAGUGCCUAUUUUUGUUUUUGCAUUUUUUUUAUUUUACAUUACUUUACAAUUUUUUUGUUCCACAUUUACUGUUUGGAAUUAAAUGAACUUCAUUACAAGCUUCUUAAUAGAUGGCAUUACACCCCAUUAACAUUAAAAAAAAUUGCCCACAGUUAUCAUCAAAUUCACUAAUAUUACUGCUUCAUUCUUUAACAGCUGUGAAAAUUGUCAUAGCUAGACAGUGGGAAAUUCCUACUAAGCCUGAUUGGCAUUUCAUUAAGGCACAACUAUCCCACCUAUUAAAAAUGGAAAAGGGUAUUUUAACUAGUUCAAACACAAAAAUUCGAUACUCUGGCUUAUGGGAUAAAUGGAUAAAUAAAUUGGAAUCUCUGUAAACUACUAUCUCUUAUAGGGAAUUGUUCCAGGCGCACUUGAGGGCCCACUGAAUUGUCGUUCUCUCCCCCCAGAGAGUGUGAUUAUUUUCUUUUUUUAUGUGUUCAGUUUGUUGUCCUUUUAGAUUUGUCGCUGUCUUUGUAGAUUUAAUGUGUGUCGUGUGUGUUUUAUAUUGCUAAAAUUCAAAUAAAAAACAAAAUCAAUGGAGUGUUUCUUUAAUUAAGAUGCUGGGUGUGAUGAAUGAUAUAAAAUUAAUUAACUAUACAUCUUCACUUAAUAAAAACUAUAUUGUCUGCAGGAGAAAAGCAUGAUCAACCAUUGGUGACCACAAAAUAUGGGAAACUACUUGGGGAAAGAGUGACGGUAAAGGGGACAGACAGACGAGUAGACAAUUUCUUUGAAGUCCCAUUCGCAAAACCGCCAGUUGGGGAAUUAGGAUUUGCCUGUCCAGAGCCCCCAGUACCUUGGGACUCCUACAGUUAUGCAACUAAAGAUUCACCCAUGUAAGUAUGUAAUCCAACUCUCUACCAACUCCGUUUGGGUUAAUCAUUAACAAAAAGUAUGUUUUAAUUUUCAAUAUUUUAUUGUAGCCUGGAUUUGAACAUUUUCCAAAACAGCCCUAAUAUGUGACCAGUCGACCAACAUGUCUUGAGAACAUAUUCAUAUUUGUGUUCACAUGUUUAUGUCCUGAUGAAUUUUCAUAUCUGGCUAUGCCUGUUGUUGUUGGAACUGCAUUUCUGAGUUAUGCUUAAUGUGUAUCCCACGCUGUCCAGGUGUUUACAAAACAUUUCGAUACUGGAACAAUUUAUGGAGCUUUCCAAGAUAAAAAUUGAGUUGCCCCCUGUUUCCGAAGACUGUCUAUAUCUGAACAUUUACACUCCAGCAGACAGAGAAAAGAAUACUCCAUUGCUGGUAAGUACUGAUACGUGAAUCCAAACUGCAAAUAAUUCACCUGAAUCCCAUUGUGGGGUUACUUAUUAAAGGGAAACCCCCUUUUUCUAUGGGACUGCUUUAACGCCUGGACUCAUGACCAGUAAACGUGAAGUUAUGAUUUUUCUCCGAAAUGUAAGCAUUAGUUUUUGUGUUUAUGUGGACAAAACAGCUCUAAAAUCCACAAUAACAUCUAGCGUGUAGUAUGUGGCAUAUCAGAUGUAUUAUUGGCUAGUGAAGUAUAUGUGAGAAUUGGUGUGCCCUUCAGGGGUUCAUCCUCUAGCAGUAGGGCCAAAGCAGCAGAUCUGGAAAAUCUCAUUUGUUUUUAAUAUUAGAUAUUAGACUAGUGCAUGGUGAUAAGAUUCAGGUUGGCCAAAACUUUUUCCUGAAAUUCAGAAACCUUUUCAGGACACACAAAUUUCAGCCAGUAUCAGUUUGGCUCCGCAGAAUUUCAGAACCAAGGUAUAAAAAAUUCUGAUCACCCAAUCAGCCCACAUUCGGGCGAACUGCAGUUUAGAUCGAACCAUAUCUCCAAUACUAGAGUGUGUGAGUAUAUGUGUAUAUAUCUAUACCUACAUAAAAGCAAAUUUUUAUUUUACAUAUUCAGUUCAUCAGAAAAAAAUCACUUUGUUCUCUCAGUGAUUUUCCUCUGAUUGUAUCAAAGGGAACAAAAAAUGGCAAUUCAGUAGGACAAGCUAUUCUUGAUUGAUUACCAUGUAUGUAUGUUUUUGGUUUUCAGCUUAUUGCAAAUAUAUCCGUCUGUGAGCCUGUAUCAAUGGUGGAUUGCUUGAAAGAGAAAACUGAAGAAGAAAUUAUUACGAUAUUCGAUGAAUGAUAAUCAUGUGUUUUACACAAAAGAUUCUUGUUUAGAAUUGAUAACAUUUUAAACAGUUACCAUCUCUAAAUGGGAAAUGUUACUUUGCAUCUAGUGAUAGCUAGCCAUUCCUGAUCCUAAUCUUCACUAUGGAAAAUGUGCUCUCUGGUUGUAGAGUUGUCAACGUUCCAUAACACUCAGCCACUCCUUCCAGCCACACACAAAACACUGGAACUCAAGGUAGUUUGUGUCCUGACAGACUGACAUGGAAUGUAAUUCAUAAAAAUGAAAACAAUUAGGUUCAUAAAAAUAAUAGUAAUUAAACCAGAAGUAUUAUUAAGAAUAAUCCCACUGGAAGGUGAUCCCAACACAGAUGUUUUAAAUCUGUCGUUUUUUUUCUUUUCAUUUUUCUUUUUGGCAAAAACAUUCUUCUUGAAUGAAACCCAACUUUGAUGUUUCAUGAUCUGGUUGUCCAGGGCCAUCCUUGUUUGGUUUCGGAGGGUAGACUGGGACAAAGGAGCAAUUUUUUUUACUCUCCCCACAGUUUAUUCCAGUGCUUCUUAACAUGGCUUCUUAAUACCGCAAGGCCAUGUAUAAUUCACAGCACCCCUUAUCAUAGGAAGUAAAGUGGGAGUCAAUUGGUACACACAGACUAUCUCCCAGAUUUCUAUGGUGUGAUGGAGCACAGUUUUGAUGUCUUGAGCCAAUAGUUACUUUUAACGUGUGUGUGUCUCCAUUUAAGUGCGUGGAGAGAUGAACAGAAAGGGAUGUGGGUGUAAUGAAGCUGGAUAUGGCUACUUGAAGAUGAACUGGGAGAGGGAUGUGAAAUGUGGUGUAGGGACACAGAACUAAGUGGGACUUAACCGGUCACAUAUACCAUAAUAUUAUAUUUUCUGUCUGUACAGGGAUUACUGGCUGUACCUGGAUGUGUAGAUGGUGUAUAUCUUCCGAAACCUGCAGAAGAGAUCUUGGCCAAUAAGAAAGCAACAAUGUUCCACUCAUAAUUGGCAAUACUGACCAGGAAUUUGGAUGGACAAUGCCUUUGGUAGGAAAUGUCUUCAUUAUAAAUUUCUUCAAUACCAUAAAGACUCAAACGCAGUUUAUGUAACAAAUGUCACAUAUUUAUAAAAAAAAACAACCUGAAUUAAUAUAACACAAAGGCUUCAUUUGGACAGGCAAAGUAUCUCUGAGGUUCAAACAAAGAAGCAACGUGGAUCAAAACUUAAGACAUAUAAAGGGCAGGGUGCAUAAACAGUACAGGAAGAUAUGCUGUUCAAAAAAAUUACCAGGAUUUCAUGGAUGGGCUGGAAUAUUGUAAACAUUACUGUGUUCUGGGUUAACAGAUAAUUGGAUAAAUUCAAUUAAAAUAAACAAUAAGAUGUGCAUUCUGGGAAUGCAACAUGUGAGAUAACCAAAUAUUUCUUGAUAUCUUCCAAUGUAACUAGAGCCUGAUCACUAACUUUAAUUGUACUUCUGUGACCAGGGGAUGAACAUCAGUGGUUUAGAAGGAGGAAUGGAUAAAGACAAAGUUCGGCCACUCUUGAAAUCCCUUAGUAUCCUGGUAAGUCAAAUUUACUGUACUGAUGCAUUUUUCAUUAUGUGAAUCUAGAAGUGGUAACAUCAGAUAAGAUAUCUCCUCCGUACCAUUGCUGGUCUCUGUCUGGAAUAAACUCUCACCAGCAGGGACAGCAAGACCUUCAACUAACAACCCAAUGAGCAACACAAGAGAAUAUUAAUGUUAAAUCAUUGACAGAUACAUUUCAUCAAAGGUCAAUACUAUAUAACAAUAUUAAGAAGACACAUUAUGAGCAACAUUUUAAUCUUAAACAUCACAGGAAUUGAAUGAAGAAUCCAUCCCUUUGGUAAUGGAGGAAUAUUUGGGGGACACAAGUGAUCCUUUUGAAAUCCGAGACAGGUCCCUGGAUUUAUGUGGUGAUAAACUGUUUAUGCCAGCUCUCAAGACGGUGAAAUAUCACAGAGGUAGGUAACAAAGUUUUAUCAGGGGACACUGUGAAAUUGGAUGAUUUGCUGCAAGUCUAAAAAAGUUAGCACAAAACGGAUAAAUUUUCUCAAUACAAGAAUUUCACUUGGAAAAAGUAAGGAGAGUUUGAAACAUUCUGUAGAUUUAUAACAUUCAGAAUAGGAUCUUAUCAUUCAGAGGAGACAUCUGAAGAGCUAUCUGAAACCUUACCUCCAAUCAUAUGAUAUAAAUUAUAUUAUUAUACAUUUUUUUUUACUUACAUCUCACAUGAUUAUUGCUUAUGUUUUCUCUCUGAAUAUGCCCUUUUUAUCAACUGCUAGAUUCUGGAUUUCCAGUCUAUUACUAUGAAUUUCAGCAUCGGCCAGCAAUCUAUAAGGAUAGAAAACCAGCAUAUGUUAAAGGAUCACUAUAGUGCCAGGAAAACAUACUUGUUUUCCUGGCACUAUAGUGCCCUGAGGGUGCCCCCACCCUCAGGGUCCCCCUCCCGCCUGGCUCUGGGGAGAGGAAAGGGUUAAAACUUACCUUUUUUUCCAGCACCGGGUGGGGAGCUCUCCUCCUCCUCUCCGCCUCCGAUCCUCCCUUUCGGCUGAAUGCACACGCGCGGCAAGAGCAAAUUUACAAUGCUUUCCUAUGGAUGCUUGCGUCUUCUCACUGUGAUUUUCACAGUGAGAAGCACGCAAGCGCCUCUAGCAGCUGUCAAUGAGACAGCCACUAGAGGCUUUGGAGGCUGGAUUAACCCAUUUAUAAACCAAGCAGUUUCUCUGAAACUGCUAUGUUUAUUAAAAAAUGGGUUAACCCUAGCUGGACCAGGCACCCAGACCACUUCAUUAAGCUGAAGUGGUCUGGGUGCCUAGAGUGGUCCUUUAAAGCAGAACAUGGAGAUGACGUACCAUAUAUUUUGGGAUAUGCAUUCUUAACUCGUGACGUCCUGUUCAACGGUAAACAAUGUAUCUUUUCAAUACGAUGCAGAAAAAAAACUUUUGAUUUUUAGUUUUUGAAAGCUACUAUGAAGUUAAAUACUUAACAUUUUUCUUUUUUAAUUUUUAUUUUUGUAGUCCAUGCAACAGAGGAAGAAAAGAGGUUCAGCAAAACCAGGAUGAAAUAUUGGGCAAAUUUUGCUCAAAAAGGGUGAGAUAUGAUUGUGUCCUUGUAUUUCUUUCAAGAUACACUUUCUGAAUUUUUCUGAAAAAAGUGCGUAACAAUAUCUAAUGGACUGGAACUCAGAGGGUAAAGAAUUAGGAGAUUGAUAAUAAUGACAAAAAGAACAAAGUUAGUGUGAUUUACUGCUUCCAAAGAGUUGGUUGAGUGAAAUAAAUCAGUCAACAAAAGUUUACGACAAAUCGCAGGCUUAGGUCAGGGAUAAAGCUUCAGGCAUAGUCAGAAUCAAGCGAAAAGGUCAGGCCAGGCAGCAAAGAAGAAUCAGAAAAGUCAGAGUAUACGUUUGCAACCUACCGCAAGAGACAUAAAACAAAAUAUCACAAAAGGUGCAGAGGAGAUUGUGGUACCAUUUUAUAUUUAUUACUGCACACAGAAUAUCAUGUUGCUUGAGAAUUAGGAGGCUGAUAUCGGAGAGAGUUACAAGGAUGUGAGAACGGAGGCAAGCAGGGUAAGUACGCCAUGUGUGUUACACCAAGUGAGAUGCAAGGUUUCAGAGUGACAGAAGAGAGCUGGGAAGGAGAUCCAAUACAGUAAAAAUAUUUCACUGGAAAGAACAGGAGAAAUAGAUCGGUGAGAGUCCGUAAUGUGGUGGAGUUUGGAAAACGGGGGAACAUGGGUGGCUGAUAGGAAAUUGUCUCCUUUUAUUUUAUUGUAUAGAUCUAGUGUAUAUGUGAUGCUAAUUACGCCAUCCAGGUACCUGUGCAUAUUCAUAUAUACCCUAUUUAUGUCAUUGGUCCCCAAACAAAAUGAUGUAUAGUUUAUUGUGCUUAUAUUGAAUCUAGGUAACUUGGGAGUCUUGGGUUUGUUUAACCUACAGAUUUUUAAAUCUGUUUAAAGGACCACUGUAGUGCCCUGAGGGUGCCCCCACCCUCAGGGUCCCCUUCCCGCCGGGCUCUAGGGGGAGGAAGGGCUUAAACUUACCUCUUUCUCCAGCGCCGGGCGGGGGACUCUCCUCCUCUCCUCCUCCUCAGCUGAAUGCGCAUGCGCGUCAAGAGCCGUGCGCACAUUCAACCAGUCACAUAGGAAAGCAUUCACAAUGCUUUCCUAUGGACGCUGGUGUCUUCUCACUGUGAAAAUCACAGUGAGAAGCACAGAAGCGCCUAGCGGCUGUCAAUGAGACAGCCACUAGAGGCUGGAUUAACCCAAAUGUAAACUGCUAUGUUUAUAGAAAAAAGGGUAAAACCUAGCUGGACCUGGCACCCAGACCACUUCAUUAAACUGAAGUGGUCUGGAUGCCUAUAGUGGUCCUUUAAUGUUCCAAUAAUCGUUAACAGCAUUUUUUCAAUCAUCUACUGUAAGUCAUUUGUGUCAAAGAAUAGUUGAUCAAACUCUUUUGGUCUUCUUAUCUACAGAGAUCCCAAUGGACCAGGUCUCAAAAAAUGGCCACAAUAUCAAGAAAAUGAAGCUUAUAUGCAACUUGACUUGGAGCAGAAACCCACAGACAAGUAUAAACUAAAUAAAAACAUUUUCUGGACCAAAACUUUUCCAGAGACCAUUCAAAAAAUGUCAGAGGAACAAAGUGAUGAACGUGAAGAAAUGUAGAUUUGGAUACUUUACAGCUGUCACCCUUCUUCAUGGGAAGUCACAGAAAUGCUAAAUAGUACACAGAGUUACAUAGUUACAUAGCUGAAAAGAGACUUGCGUCCAUCAAGUUCAGCCUUCCUCACAUAUGUAUUUGCUGUUGAUCCAAAAGAAGGCAAAAAACCUAUUCUGAAGCGUUUCCAAUUUUGCCACAAACUAGGAAAAAAAUCCUUCUUAACCCCAAAAUAGCAGUCAGAUGUCUCCUUGGAUCAAGCAGCUAUUACCCCACUAAUUAGAAAUUAUAUCCCUGACAUGUGCAAUUCAUUUUGUUCAGAAUGUAAAUUCAGCCAAAUUUUGGCAAUUCGGAUGCUUCCGAAUUUCCGAAUUUCCGAAGUGCCGAAUUUUGGAAGUGCCGAACCGAAUUACCGAAUUGCCACAGUGCCGAACCGAACUUAAUUGCCGAAUUUCGGAAGUGCUGAAGUGCUGAGGAUUUCUGAAAAGUGGCAAAACAAGAGAGGGAGAUAAAAUUACAUGCAUGAUGACAGGAAUCUCACCCUAACCCUACUCCUAGCCCUAAUCCUACCCCUAGCCCUAACCCUAGAUGUGUAAGUGGUUGUGGUGGUUAGGGUUAGGGUUAGGGGUAGGGGAUAAGUGAGAGGUAGGGGUAGGCAAUUGCUGAAGUCCCGAAUCGUGCCGAAGUGCUGAAUUUCGGAAGAACUACAACUAAAGUGGAGAUUCUCAUUCAGCUUUAGUUAUGUCAAGUUUGUAAAACUAUUCACCAAUGAGAACUUCCGAUUUAGUCACAUCAUGAAGACUGGAGCAGCGCGAGUGCUUGCGGGGCCCAGAGAGAGGGCUUGGUUAUAAUCUUGCUGCUCUUUACCGCCUGCAAAAAUUCACCAGUGGCAAAAAAGGAUUUUCUGGCUGCCAAUACUUAAAAGACCAUUACUGGCUCCGUAGUAGCUCCAUUGCAAUUAAAUUAUUAUGAUGCUAGCAGGUCCCAAGUGAAAGCUUAUAAGAGUGGGUAAAGCCAUUAGCAAAUGGUUCAACCCCAAAGUUUUUAAGCCGGUACCAGACCACCCAAUAGCGUUGUGUGUGUGUGUGUAUAUAUAUAUAUAUAUAUAUAUAUAUAUAUAUAUAUAUAUAUAUUUGUGCUCGGAAUCUCUAUUAUGUUAAUGGAAUGUAGAGGAGAAGCAAAGUUGGUUGAGGUGUGCCGAAACCAACGUAUGAGUAGGCCUGUAAAAAGAGGGCCCACAAAGAGAAAUGUGUAAAGGAGGGUGUAGGUGGGUGGGGUCAAAACAGCAUGAACGGCAAAGGUAAGUAGGGGGAUAGGAUUUUUAAAGGGUCAUAACUCCUCCCACAGAUUCAGGCCAAAUGACCUUCCAACUUGUGCUCGGAAUCUCUAUUAUGUUAAUGGAAUGUAGAGGAAAAGCAAAGUUGGUCGAGGUGUGCCGAAACCAACGUACGAGUAGGCCUGUAAAGAGAGGGCAAAAAGGAAUUAAAAGUAAACACACUUUAUUGCAAGUUUAAACUGCAAGAUUUCUAAAAGCAUGCCUGAGCUCCCUUUCUGGUCGAGGGAUGUAGGAGUUGUAUAAUGAGGAUUUCCAGCGUCCCAGCCUCUUAAUGAUGUGUACCGGAGUGUUAGUGCUUGAAGCUGAUGAUGCUGGGUUGUACCCUAACCUAGACAAUAGAAUUCUGAUGUGUGACAUAAAUUUAGCUGUGGUGAGUGGGUGUCCUUGGAGUAGAAGUAGUGGAGUAUCUGGUGAGUGCGUGAGGUGAGGUGAGAAGCCAGGAGCAUAUCCAGAACAUGUACAGGGCACCACAAAUUCUCGGUAGGGAAGAGGGGAAUGAUAGUGGGAUAGGCAGAGUUUUGGUAGAAGGCAAAGAGAGUACAAAAUGGUCGUCUACUUUCUUUAAGUGAGAAAGUUUGAGGCAUCGUACUGUGUCUCCUUGACGUAUCAUGGUGAACUCUCUAGGUCUGAGGAAACCGUAGAAGGCCAAAAAGAUGGCAGAUUUCAUGACUAAAUUAGUAUUAUGGUCAAACGGGGAUUUGUCCAAUAGGUCGCUAAGGAGCCGGAAUAGUGGACCGUCUAUUGGUAGCAUAGUCGUGCUAGGAGGGACUGUGACCUUGAAAAUACCUUUGAGGAUUUUCUUAAUGGGGUAGGAAGAAAGAAAAGGAGCGUGGUUAGGGAAGUUAUUGAGGAUGUGGUGUUGUACUCGGGUAAGGUAGAGUUUGAUGGUAUUAUGUGAAAGUUUUAGGUGUAAAUGGCAAAAGGAGGCAAAAGCCACCAUGAUUUUGAUGGAAAGGUCACCUUGUAAGCAAGACUCGGCUGUGAAUUUGUUAAAUAUAGUCAGUGCUCUAGCAUAAGUGAUAGUGGUGUUGGGAGACAGUGCGUGGUGCGUGAGUGUUUGUGCGUGGAGUAAUAGUUUGUUUAAACCAGGGUUAGCCGGAGGAGCGAUGGUGUCCUGGCUGAGUGGAGGUGUGCUGGAGGGGGAGCCCGGCCAGAGACCUGAUAUUUAAGAGCAUAAAAGAGUGUUAGCAGCUGAGUAGAGGAGAAGUAGUGAAUGAGGUGUAAGAUAUAUCUAUCUUGCUUAAGCAUGUAUCCCGAUAUGCUGGAAUAGUAGAAUGUAGGCAAAUUACAACAAAAUUAUACAUUGGUAUGACAGAAACUACUCCAAGAACUGGAGGGAAAGGAAAAGGAUACCAAAUGUCAAAUAACUUUAUUACUUGGAGUGCAAGUAAGCAGCCCCCCGUGACGGGUUAGGUUGCGAAAGGAAUGGGUCAUGGUCUGGACUUGGUGUCGUCGUAUAAUUUGAUGCGUGAUGAACCAGCUUAUUUGUUAGGUGUUAGACAGGUCGGGCACAUAGUCUUGGUGUGGGCUCUGAAGCAUAUGGAGCAGAUGUGCAACAACCUGCAUGCGCUGUAGCUCCACAUGCCUGUGUUAAAGUUAUUGCACAUCUGCACCUUGCCCAAGAAUGUGAUGGGUCUGCCCAGCUUGUCUCUCUGGACACCCUUCUGUCUAGGGAGUAGGAUGAGGGGGUGGUGAGGUGAUAAAGUGGAAGGGUCUGGUCCCCAUGGCAUAUAUCGGUGGAGUUUGAAGUGGAACCACAAGAGGCACAAGAUGGGGGCCUCAAACCAGCAAAUGACGGCAGAAUAACUCAGUAUCUAUCUGACAGCAAUCGAUUCUAAUAUUGAAUUGUGUCAGAUGAGUAGCUGCCUUGGCCGAAACUGACUUGAUGCCCAAAUCAACCACCUUGUGCAUAUAUAAAUCAAGUUCUUCUCUCCUAUGUGGGUACACCGUGCAGAUAACGUUGCGAUAAGUGCCAAACGCGAUAACAAACUGUGGGAUGGUGAGUUUUUUUAUUCAAACGUGGGUCUCUAGCUCUUAAGACAACAGAAAUGUCCCCGUAGUUAUAUGCUCUAUUUUCUAGGACAUCUUGGGUGGCUAUGAGGAGGGACAUUAAAUUGACGUCCUUUUCAUCAAGAAUAUCUUUCUUGUUGGAAGCUGGGACAGAGUGGGCUGGUGAGGCAUGGGCAGUGGGAGUGGUAGUGGCUGGUGGGGGAGGGGAGAUGAGGGCUAUGGCAGUCAGAGCGGUCAAGGUUACCGGUGUAGGGACUGCUAGAGCUGUUAAGUCAGCUGGAGUGGCUAUGGCUGAUUCCACCUUCAGCAACCUGCUGUUAAUGGAUUGCAGAUUGGCCAGUAUAGCCGCCAGUUUCCUGGGUAGAAUCAGAGUAGCCAACUUUAGGCCCUUGUGAACUCGUGCCGGGCCUUGGGUCGUUGGCCUGAGUAGUCAGCAGUUUAUAAAGUUCUGCUUUUCUGGCGGUGGCUGGAAACGGGAUUCCCCUGAGCCUGAGCUCAGCCAAUAUCUUAGGGAUCUGGGAAUAGAAGGAGUGAGGGAUUCCACCGGAGACCCAGGCCUGGCUGGCGUGCUGGGUAUAUCGUCUGAUGGGAAAUCGAUGAUUGGUUCUUGAGACAUCCUGAAAGGAAUAAUGAUAUGGAUAAGUAGGGUAUAGUGUAGGUGGUAUGAGACCUCCGGAGAACUGGCCUGCUAGCUAAUGCCGAAGCGAAGAAUUAUAAUUAGAACCAAGUGACAGGUGAGGCCCUGCUAUUGCCAAGUGGUGGUGAGAGGCCCUACCUAUGAUUUGGGCUGAGGGGGUUUUGUGGCCACCAGAACGAGGUGGCAGGAUGUCGGCCUCUCAGUGACUGUAAGAGAUUCAAAAACUUGUGGCCGUGAUAUGGGAAGCCCUGAUUAUAGCCCUAAAGAAGAGCGAGCGAGGUGGCUAGCUAUGAUUUGGUCGUGAGGCUGAACCUCAGUGUAUGAGGUAGGGGUGUAGACCUCGUAGACCGCAGUAUUAUUGGGGGAAGCUAGGGCCAGCGCCUGACCCUGAAAGCCAGUUCUCUACCCUAACGGGGGCAUGUCACUUGAAGGAAGUAUGUAACAUAUGUAGAUACUGACCUUGAGUGUUUGUUCUGUAUAUUUGGAGAAUUCUCAGGGCGACUUCAAUAUAUAUGUCUAUAUAUACUGUGAAGAACAGGUCCAGUCCAGGAACCUAGGGGUAAGAAAGAUGCUAGUAGGCCUGAGGCGUGCCAUUGGUAAGCCAAGUGUAAAAAUGUAGAACGGAUGGAAUGGUGUGUAACAGUAAAACUGUAUCAUAAACACCUGUGUAAUAAGAGGGACCUGAACGUUGGUUCAAAUUUUUUUAAGACAAGCCUCUGGGAUCCCACAACUGAGCAGUAUUUUGUGACACAUAUGAAGGCGAAUUGAGGCCUUAGAAGGAUGUAAUUGUAGUUAGUAAGAUUUAAGGAUACCUACUACUGAAACGUCGGGAACCUGGUAGCCUGAUGGUCGUUGAAGGCGUAGUGAAUCUGCACAAUGGUGCAGGUCUAAGUAAUGAUAUUUAGAAAUUAAAACAGAAUUAACACGUAAUAUAAUAGUAAUAUGGAGAGUGAGGCAUCUUUAUCCUGGCGUGUUUAAAGUUUUGAGCCAACUUUGGGAGGUGGGAGGGUAUUGUAAAAAAGGCCAUGGAGGCUGAAAUAAGGCCUCAGGAGAAACGUAAAUUUUUUAAUUUAUUUUUGUAACUUUUUUUUUUUUUUUUUUUUAAACCUGAUACCGUGACACGGGAUACUGGAACCACCUCCUGGAGUCUUCUUGAAGAAAGAGUAGUUCAACCUAAAACAUUUUCAUUAAGUAAGAAUAAGGAACCUGAGUAUCGUGUUUCAAUAUAAACAGAGAUUUUGAAAUAAGAGCUACUGAAAAAAGUGAGCAUGGAUCUUGAUAAAUUUAAGAGGUUUGAUGGGGCUCAGCCCUUUGAGAGAGGAAAAAACAAACCAUAAAGGGGAUAACUGUUUCUUUAAGUGAAUACCCCUGGAAAUAUAUACAUAAUUAUAUGUGACAAUGAGUGGCGAAUAAUGCCAUUUAGAGUAAGAGAAAAUGUAGGUAGAACCAUGAACAUAUGAUAUAAAAUAAUACAUAGAGGAACAUACUUAAAUAUAAAAAUUUUAAUGCAUAGAACCUCAUGCGUUAAGCUAACGAACGUGCAAAAGGGAUAUAAUAGAACCGUGUGUGUUAGAUUUUAUGAAACAAAAUGCUAGUGACACAGCCGUUCGUACGUGUUUCGUCUAACGAAAGUGAGAAACAGGCGAUCGUAAGGUGAGUGUAAGCGUUCGGUAACAUUUUUUUAACGAAAGAAAGAACGAAAAGCAUGAGUACUCUGCAGUCGGCUUAAACCGCCCGAACACAGAAGUACACAAACGGCGGAUUUACAUGAACGGCUAAGUAAUAUAUCUAGGGAGCCUAUCCCUGCGUUUUUAGGCCCCAACGUGGGAAAUAGCCGAACGCUAUUUCCCACAUUGAUGCUUACGUUUGCGUGCUGAUCUCGUGACCGGCAGCUCGACAGCUGGGUAAUGAGUAGGGAAUACCGCGGGGCUGCUCUAGUGAAACUCUCUCUAGUGUAGAAUGUCUAGGAACAAAACAGUAAAUUUCAAAAUAAUUAAAAUGCUGACUAGGCUUGGGUCACACAGGAAUCCCAAUUGAGGCCCCGCAGGUCAUUUAAGAUUGCCCUCUCUCGUUCAUUGGACCUGCUUUUCUCCAUUUCUGCUUCAAACCCAUGCUCCCAGCCCAGGGGAAGGCCUUCAUUAAUCCGAGCCAUAUCUUCGCCUGUUGCUUGUGGGGAUGCAGGGCAGCCAGAAAUUUCGCUAGGUCCUCUGCUGCUGACAAAGUGAUUAUGGAAUCUGCGUGAGGCACCAACAGGGUUCCCAAGGCGUCCCAUCUACACUGCUCAAAAAAAUAAAGGGAACAUUUAAACAACACAAGGUAACUCCAAGUCAAUCAUACUUCUGGGAAAUCAAACUGUCCACUUAGGAAGAAACACUGAGUGACAAUCAAUUUCACAUGCUGUUGUGCAAAUGGGAUAGACAACAGGAGGAAAUUAUAGGCAAUUAGCAAGACACCACUUCUCAGUUCCUAUGCUUCCUGGCUGAUGUACAGCCCUCCAUGUGUUCGGCAGAGUUAGCCUGACUGCCAUUAGGUACCGAGAUGAGAUCCUCAGACCCCUUGUGAGACCAUAUGCUGGUGUGGUUGGCCCUGAGUUCCUCCUAAUGCAAGACAAUGGUAGUCCUCAUGUGGCUGGAGUGUGUCAGCAGUUCCUGCAAGACAAAGGCAUUGAUGCUGUGGACUGGCCCGCCUGUUUCCCAGACCUGAAUCCAAUUGAGCACAUCUGGGACAUCAUGUCUCGCUCCAUCCACCAAUGUCACGUUGCACCACAGACUGUCCAGGAGUUGGCAGAUGCUUUAGUCCAGGUCUGGGAGGAAAUCCCUCAGGAGACCAUCCGCCACCUCAUCAGGAGCAUGCACAGGCGUUGUAGGGAGGUCAUACAGGCACGUCUAGGCCACACACACUACUGAGCCUCAUUUUGACUUGUUUUAAGGACAUUACAUCAAAGUUGGAUCAGCCUGUAGUUUGUUUUUACACUUUCAUUUUGAGUGUGACUCCAAAUCCAGACCUCCAUGGGUUGAAAAAUUUGAUUUCCAUUUUUUUAUUUUUGUGUGAUUUUGUUGUCAGCACAUUCAUUUAUGUAAAGAACAAAGUAUUUCAGAAGAAUAUUUAAUUCAUUCAGAUCUAGGAUGUGUUAUUUUUGUGUUCCCUUUAUUUUUUUGAGCAGUGUAUAUAGAAUGUCAUUGUCUCUCAACAGCCUAGUGACCGGUAGGAAACUGCGUCUCUCCAACAGGACUGAAACGGGUUAAUCGUCAAAGAUUUAGAUCUGAUGACCCUCUACAGGAACAGCUGGACGGUUUCUGGAGCGGGCCAGAAUCGCCAUAUUUAUCGUGAGUGACUGCAAUUAUGUCUCUGGGGGCAUCAGCAGGGGCUGGGGCCCAUUUCCGAAAUUGGAAUGUUGUCAUAAUAGGUAAGGCUCUGCUGUCUCCUUUCACUUCCAGCACUGCUGCCACCUGAUUCAUCUUCCGGACCUCCCGUAGAUCCAAUAGCAAUUUUUUGAUCUCAGCUUUAGUGGAGGGUGAGGCAUUGGUAUCUCAAUUGGCUCUGUUGUAUACUCCAUCCUCGGCCUGUGGAUUCCUCAGACUCACUUGAGCCCUGUGUCCUGCCAAGCCCCAUCUUAGGUUGGGCCUGGUGUUGUUGGCAAUCAAAGGACCUGCGUAUGUCAGGCAGCUCUAAAUGCAACAGCUUACAAUACUUGCGCCCCAUCACUGCGUUGUUUUUUUUUGGUUUUUUUUAGAAGCUCGGUUUUUGUUCUUUGCCUGGCCCUAAAAAGCCCAUAAUCUAAUUUUGGCACCAUUUCAUUGUUAGUCCUGAUUUCUCUUUAUUACUGAGAGAGAACUAACACUCCAUUCAUAACAUUUGUGAUAGUGCCCAGUUAAUGCAAGUUAUUCAUAGUUAAUUAUUCAGCACAGUGUGGGAACAUUGCUGUGGGUGCAGGGUUUUGUUGCGUUUGGUUAAAUAGUUAAAACAGCAUAGCUCAGGGUUAAAACAGUAGAUUUUUUUUUUUAAUACUCUAUAUGUAAUUUAUAGAACACAUUAGCGUUUAGAGAUAUAUUUACAGCAUUGCAUAGGGCUGGUUUUAGGGCUGCUCAGGUCAAUAUAUCGGAAGUCUCAUACAAUUUACUUUUGAACUAAAGCCCCAUGUCUUUAUCCCAUCUGGCAUCACCCAGAUGUCUGUAAAAUGCUCUAAUCAGAAAAUUCCAAAUUGUACAUUUUAAGACAGACAGGACAUUUCUCCAACUCUGUCCAUUUUUGUGAUUUAGCUGUCAGUUCACUUCAGGUCACUGUUUAGUAAAUACAUUUCUUCGGAAGCUAAAACAAGUCUGAAGCCCACAAUCCAUUUAUAUUAUGAGUAUUAUUGGUUCUCUGUGGCAGUUGCCUUGGGAUUGGGACAUUGUGCAAAGAAUUUCUUAAUCCCUGUGAUACAGCAUGACUUGCAUGUUGCAACGUUUGCCAGUUUAGACUUUGAUACAAUGGUUUGUUUUGGAUCUUGUCCACGAUAGAGCUGCCAGGACUUGUCCGGGACCUUUGAUUUUAGUUCACGUGUUAGGCGUAUUCAUCAACUCUAAUCAAAGGUGCAAAUAGGACUGUUGGACAUUUCAGCCACAAAACAUGUGCCUGAUGCUGAGUUGUAUCCUCUGCUGCUCUGUCUGUUUCCAACACGUAGCCAUUCCAACCAGUGCACAUUCAUUGCAAGAUAUGGUUAUUUUCACGUGUGUCAUCCAGGGCCUUCAGUGGUGAAUUCCUGGUUAAAGCGCGUGACAAUUUAAUCAACAUUAAAACUUACUUUUAUUAAUUUGUGAGAAUUACAGUUCUACAGUCUGGCUAUGCAUCCUGGGAAUUCUAAUACACACAGGUUGACAGGACCAGGUGUGCCUGAGAUUAAUGGAAUAAAAAAAUGGGAUUAUUAAAGAACUUUGUGACUUCAACUCUUAGUCAGCCCAUAGGCAGUUUUUUUGUUUGUUUGUUUUUUGGGAAUGCUAACUUUAAAAGCAAAUUCACAUUUUCACAGAAUUUACAAUCCCAUGAUGCUCAGCAAACCCUUGAACAAGCCAAACAUUAUGGGAAAUGUUCACCACAAAUAUAGGGCCUUAGCUGUAGAAUGUCAUCUGAAUUAUAUAUCCCAACCAUCAGAAGAGUUUUUUUGAUAUAUAUUUGUGAGCUACCGUAAGUCUCCCAUGGUAUGGAAUUAAUAUGAGAAUGUUCAUUUCCAAAUAUUCUAAUAAAAAGGUUAGUCAAAAAGACUAGUGUAGCCUAAGAUGUUACUGUCACCCACACUACCUUAGCCCUAAAAAUGCUAUCUACCUGAUUGGCAACUUUCCACCAACCCAAACGUGCCAGCCUAAUGUUAAUACUAUAGAUAAGCUGAUAUUGCAAAAAUAAAUGUGUUAACCUACAGUGGGUUCUAGUACUAGCUGCGAUGUUUCACAUCAACAUUUUUUUGCCAUACUCGCCACAAAACAGCUGGCACUGUAUAAAUAAUUGUAACUGUAUAUGUACUUCCAAGAACAUUGAAUUUCAGAACAGAUUACUGGAUUCCAGGCGAGGUGAGGACAAUGAAGAUCUACAGGCUUGAUUGUUACAAUAAAUGCUAGUUUGCACAUUUUCUAGGAUAGGGUAAUUACGUAAUGUUUCCCUAAGACUCUGCCAGCUUUCAACCCAACUUUAUCUCCAAAAGCCAGUUAUAAACUCUGUUCCAGAAACCGACUGAUACAAUAACUGGCAGACUGACCUCCCCCCCACCUUCCUCAUAGGCGUUCCCUGUGUAUCCUUAACUAGAGGUCACAGAACGAGCUCUGGGAACAUUCUAUCUCCCGUACUACUUGAUGUUUCAUGUUUUCUUCUCAGCAACUGAAAUGGGAAUCUUCAUCCAAACUGUCGCUUUGUGCUGUCUGAUGCUGGGUGUGUUUGUAACAGGUAACAAACAAUAUACAGAUUAUCUAUUGGAUGUCACAAAAGGAUUGUCAGAUAAGAUCAUAUUUUAUAGCAUGACCGUGAGUGAUGUGUGGAUUGCAGGCACUAAAAACGCUGAAUUGUAGAGAAUUUAAGAACUAAAAAAGCAGGUUAUUCGAUAUACAACUGGAUCUUGUACUUACUAAGUAAACAAUAACGCACUGGAGAAACUAACUAGAAAUAUCAAUAUCUUCCUUUUUUAAUCUGGUUAUGGAUUCUUGUAAAAAGUAAUGUUAUUUAGAAUUCAGAAGUAUACAAGAAUCAACCAUAUUUUAUUACCCGUAUAACAUGCUAAUGAUACAAUGUAUAGCUAGGAAUAUAAUGUAAGUUAGGAAUAUAAUGUGCAGUCAGCAAUGUAUAAAUAUUGGAUACAUGGAUUCCAAAGUUCAGAGAUCUUGCCGAGACUCUUGUCUUUGAUCAAGGCUGUGUAUUGUGCCAAUAAACAAGUCCUUAUAACAGAUCCAGGUUUAUUUAAGAAUUACAGAACACACACUGUACAGCGACUGCACUUACUAUACCCAGGGCCAACCCAAAAAAUUGACCAGAGCAUUUUUUAAUCUCAGCGGCCCAGUGGGAAAGGGGCUGGGCCAGACAAGGUGGGGUUAUUGUGUUAUCACCAAUGAAAAGCACCCCCACCGGCCCAAAGUGAGUAUGUCUGUCCAAUGCUCUUCCAGGGCAGCCCAUGGAGAGUGAGAGAGUGAGAGAGAGAAAAAAAACACUCAAUAAGGCUUGGGCAGCAUCACUGUGACAGAGCGGCUUCUCAUAUAUUUAAAAUGAAAGAUAUAUACUAGUGAGCGCAUCAGAAUAAUAAAAAUAAAGUUUAAUCACAAAUCCAAAAGGAGCAAUAAUCUUACAAAAUCUCUAAACCUGAGAAUUAUUCUCCUAUGUCUAGAGCAGCGGUUCCCAAACUGAGUGCCGUGGCAUCCUGGGGCGCUGCAACGGGUACACAGGGGAGCUGCAAGUUAUUUUCCUGGUGCUGUGAUGAUAGCACCGGGAACUGUGCUUUCCCCUGAGGGGGAGGUGGAGCUCUAACCUGCAACUACGUCGAGUUCUCCUCUCGAGAGCUCAGAGCGUUGCCGCGGUUACCACGGCAACACUCCGAAUCUAGCGAGAGUGAACUCUAGCAGCUCCUGAGGCUGCUAGAGUUCACUGUCACCACCAGGACCACCAGGGAUUGCAGGAAAUGUCUAAACUCCCAGGCAAAGGUAAGCAGGGAGGAAGGACAUCAUUUAAAUUUUUAAUAAAAAAAAUAAAUAUAUUUAUAAAUUUGUUCUACCCCCACAGACCCCACACCACACAAUAGCUCCCGAAUACACACACACACUGCCCCCCAUACAUACACACUGCCCCCAUACACACACUACCCACCAAUAGACACACACUGCCCACCAAAACACACACAUUGCACCCCCCUCACACAACAUACCCCCCUCACACACACUGUACCCCUCACACAACCUGCCCCCCCACACACUCACACUGUACCCCUCAUGCACUAACUGCCCCACAUACACACACACACAGCCCCCCUCACACACACACAAACUACAUCUUUCACAAACACAGUGCAUCCCUGUACACACACACUCUAUCCCUCACACACGCACACUGCACCCCUGUACACACAUGCACACUGCACCCCUCACACACACUACAGCCCCUAUCCAGGCAGACCCCAGGUAAGUUGUCAAACUGUUCUUAAACAGGUUGACUACUUACCCUGGGAGGGCACUAUGGCACUACUGGUACCAUAACCACUACAACAUAAUGUCACACAUGCUCAGUUACAGAAGACAGUCACACACAGGUACAGACAGACAGUCACAACACACACACAGUUAAAAGCAGUCACACACACAGUUAGAGGUAGAUGGUCGCACACACACACACAAACACUCCGUUACAGGCAUACAGUCAUUAUGACACAGACCAUUACAGGCAGACAGUCACACAGACACAUGCAGGGACAGGCAGACAGUCACACACACAGUUACAGUCACACAUGCAGACAGGGACACACACAGUACAGUUACAUACAGGCAGACAGUGAGACACCCAGACAAUCUGUGACACACACAGGCAGACAGUCACACACACAUGCACACACACACAGGCAGACAGUGUCACACACAUAUAGUUAGUCACAUACAAACACCGGCAGACAGUCACACACACACACACAGGCAGACACACACGCAGACAGGCAGAGAGUCAUAAACACACACCUCUUUCCAUUAUGGGCGUGGCAGUGCAGCUCCUAGAGAUUAGUUAUGUGCAGCAGUUACCACCAGCCAUCAAAUAAUGGAGCUUUUAGCUCCACUCCCACUACAAUUGUAGCCCCACCUCUGUAUCCCUACAAGCUCCGCCUCCGAUGCUCAGUAAGCUUUGCUCCCGCUGCUCAGUAAGCUCCGCCCCCGCUGCCUCGCUAUUUUCUUUCAUAGACCCGGGAGGAGAAUAGUGAAAUCCUGCACGCGGGUACCUGCUUUAGCUCCCCCUGCUCACCUGUCACCCGGCCAUGUGUGAGCUGUGUCAGGGUCAGCCACAUAGCGCCCCCUCCUCUAUGGUGCGCUAUGCAGCCACACAGCUCGUACACCCCUAAGGCCGGCCAUGACUGAAAUAUAAUCUGUAAAGUGCUGAGUACAUCUGUUAGUGCUAUAUAAAUAAAAUAUACAUACACUGUAUACAUACUGCAUUUACUGUGCUUGCCUCUGCUGUAAUGUAACCUGUAACCUGUAACCUGUAACCUGUUGAUACACAGUGCUGUAACUUGUAAAGUCCACCUGUUACAGUUUUAUACAUGAAAUGUACAAUCAUUUGCUAGUGUUAACAGUGUUUAAGCAAAUGAAAUGCGAUCAGGUAAAGAUUAAACUUGUACCUAAUUAGUUUAUGAGAUCAGGUACAGAUUAAACUUGUACCUAAUUAGUUUUUGGAAGACUUAGUAAAAUAAAUAAGAAGACUGCAGGUCUUGGAAAAAGUAUACUAAUGAGUUUAAUAUUUGAUAACUAGUUUUAAAAAAACACAAAUGUGUAUUCCUGAUCCUAUUUCGUGUUAAAAAAAUGCUAGUGCCCACUUUAAAAUAUAAGAAAACUCACAUUAUUGAGCAUGUUCACCAGCGCUAGCUCACCCCCUAUUCGUCUCCUUGGCUCAUCAGAACUGAUGAUCUCGGCCAAUCACAAUGCUUUCCCAUAGGAGAGCAUUGGAUUGGCUUAGAUUCUCAAUGCUGAUGAUUUCAGCCAAGGGGGCAGAGCCAAACUCAUAGAGCUAUUUUCAGUGUCUCCAUGCUCUAGUGGCCUUCUGAGGAGUGACAACUAGAGGUGUUCCUAGGCUGCAAGCUUUCAGGGACAUGGUAUAGAAUCAGAACAACUACAUUAAGCUGUGGUUGUUCUGAUAACUAACUACAGUGUCUCUUUAACACAAUUUGAUGCUAUAUAUCAAACAAUGUGGGGUAAUUUGUUGAGAUAGGUGCGCUUAUUUUCAAAAAUACAUGUAGGAACGAACACGAUUUGAAGAACGGCUUUAUAUAUGUUUGAGUGCAUGAUACAAUGGUACAGAUAGACUGAAUAGCAUACAGUUCAUCCUGAAGAUUGUAUACGGAUUGAUGCAAUCAGAUGGGUGAUGGGCACAUUCUGGGUGUGAGUAAAACAGUUGUACUGGCAAAUAACAGACUGGAAGAGAUUAAAGAAGAGAUUAAAGAAAGGCAUAUACAAGGACUGAUUUUCACUGAAGGUGAUUCUAGACCCAAGACUUGUUAUAUAUCUAUGAGACAAAUUAGUCAAAACACCUUAAAGGAACAAGAUUGUGUUAGGAAUACAAACAUGUAUUCCUGACACUAUAAUUCUGAAAUACAUAUUUAGGUGACCCCCACCCUCUGUGGUAUAAAAAGGUGGUUUACUUUUCUUUUCACCACUGCAGCGCCGGUAUCGCUGCGGCUGGCCCUUCCUCCUAAGAUAACCUUGACAAUCUCAGCCAAUCCAAUGCUUUCCCAUUGGAAAGCAUUGGGAGAUUAUUGCACAUCAAUGCAUUUCUAUGAGGAAUGCUCAGCGCCUCCAUGCAGAGCAUGGAGACUCUGAACUUAUGUGCUGCACACAUGUGCAGCACUGGACUAGGUAGCACCUCUGCCACUCGCAGCAAUUUAAACACUGCCUUUUCUCUAUAAUGGCCAUGUUUACAUUGAGAAAACUGCAGGGACAGACAAUAGACACCAGAACCACUACAAAAAGCUGUAGUAGUUCUGGUGACUAUAAUGUUCAGUCAAACAACUAGAAGAAAACAACAUAUAUAUUGUGCAGGACUGAAGUAGCCUUAGCGUUGGGAGGGAGGGGGAGAUUUUAUAAGGUGAGAUGGCUGUAGGUGUGACCUGUGGGCCAUGUUCAAGCUAAAAUUGCUUGCAGCUGAUUUAAUUUAAUCUGGCAAUUAAACUGUUGGUUGAACAGAUGUAAUUUGAGAUAGGAGUGACUAACACACGUCUUUUUAUGGUCUGAUAUAAACCCGAUCUAGCACAGACAUGGUAAACUGCUGGUUGAAACUACUGUUGGACAACUCCCAUAACACUCUGCCAGCCAGAGGGCAGAACUGCUUGAGGGUGACACAAUUUGAAAGAUCUGAUCAAAGACAUCAAGCCCAGCUUCCAUAACAGGACCCCAUAUUUAAUUCAGAACCCUUAAAUCCAACUGCACCAGUUACGUUAUGGCAUUUACCCUACACCCUUUUAUAAAUCAGAAACAUAACUACAAACGUGACUAGCAUAGUACAUAUUAUUAUUAUUUGCAUACCUUAGAACAGGGACAGGGAAGGUUGCCUAUGCCUGCCUUAGAAUAUGAAUUCAAGGCUUAUUUCCUUCUUAAGCACAGCCCUAAUCUCUUCAUGUGAGCUACUUUGUAUCAGCAUGUAUAGCCAGGUGUUAUUAGUCCAUUUCCCACUCAGUCAGUUAGACUUCUACAGAAAGAGGGGAGGGAUUGUAAAAGCUGCCGAUAGCAGUUCUGCAACAUUUGCAAGCUGUUUUUUCAUAAAAGUUCAAAAAAAGCAUGCAGAAAAAAAUACAAUACAAGCAAAAAUAGAUUGCGCCAAUAAUACAGUCCAAUAUAUUUAGAGAAUGCUUUUGUGCUUCCUAAUAAAUGGCUCUCCAGACUUCGACUUGUAAUCCAAGAUAUGAAAUAAAACAAAGAGAUGACCGAUAAUAGUGCAAUAUGUCUAAUACUAGGUGUGGACUCACAACACAGAUAUGAAAACUAGCACUCACAUUUGAUGGAGCUUUAGACCAGCAUUAAGUAAAACGGUAUACAGUGGUAUAAUCCCCACUGGCGAAUAUGUAGCUUUAUAGAUCAAUAUCUCCGCUUGCAGAUAAAUAUACCAAAAAAUAUAUAAAAACAAACAAAAGUGCUCACUGUGGUAAAAUAUAAUGACAGAUACAAAUAGUAAUUUACUCACAUUUAGUUGAGCAUUGAUACUGCUCAAUUAAUAGCGUCCUGGGUGGUAUAAUCCUCACCAGAGAUAUAUUGUCAGGUAAAUUCUCCAGAGAGUUAUCCUCACCAGAGUACAGAUGCAGGGUGGAUACUCCAAGGAAUAGGUGUGUCAGCAACAGAAUAAAAUUUACAAAAACAAUAAAAGCAUGAAAAGCAAAAUCAAACACACAAAUGAGUGGAUGCCAAAUAUACUUUAAUGCUAAAAACAGAAUAGUAAAACAACACAAUGCAUCUCGACAGUAUAGGGGCUUCUUUAAGUGUAAAAAAAUACAAGUUUGGGAGUGUAUAUAUAUAUAUAUAUAUAUAUAUAUAUAUAUAUAUAUAUUAAAAAAAGUUUUUAAAAAAUCAGUGGAGUGUUUCUUUAAUUAAGAUGCUGGGUGUGAUGAAUGAUAUAAAAUUAAUUAACAAUAUGUCUUCACUUAAUAAAAACUAUAUUAUCUGCAGGAGAAAAGCAUGAUCAACCAUUGGUGACCACAAAAUAUGGGAAACUACUUGGGGAAAGAGUGACGGUAAAGGGGACAGACAGACCAAUAGACACUUUUUAUGGAGUCCCAUUCGCAAAACCACCAGUUAGGGAAUUGAGAUUUGCUCGUCCGGAGCCCCCAGUACCUUGGGACUCCUACAGGGAUGCAACUAAAGAACCACCCAUGUAAGUAUGUAAUCCAACUAUGUUGGGUUAACUAAGUAUGUUUUAAUUUUCAAUAUUUUAUUGUAGCCUGGAUUUGAACAUUUCCGAAACAGCAAUAUGUGACCAGUCGACCAACGAGUCUUGAGAACAUAUUCAUAUUUGUGCCCACAUGUUUAUGUCCUGAUGAAUUUUCAUAUCUGGCUAUGCCUGCUGAUAUUGGAACUGCAUUUCUGAGUUAUGCUUAAUGUGUAUCCCACGCUGUCCAGGUGUUUACAAAACAUUUCGAUACUGGAACAAUUUAUGGAGCUUUCCAAGAAAAAAAUUGAGUUCCCCCCUGUUUCUGAAGACUGUCUAUAUCUGAACAUUUACACUCCAGCAGACAGAGAAAAGAAUACUCCAUUGCCAGUAAGUACUGAUACGUGAAUCCAAACUGCAAAUAAUUCACCUGAAUUCCAUUGUGGGGUUACUUAUUAAAGGGAAUCUAUAGUGUUAGGAAUACAAAUCUGUAUUCCUAACACUAUAGUAACCUCUGGUCCCCCUUCCGACAUAUAACGGGUUAAAAACCACUUUGGUCACUUACACAGUACCAACGCCGAUGUCCGCCUCCUCCGACAUCAUCCGUCAGGGACACCUAAUGCACAUUCACUGCGAGCACCACAGGGGCAUUAGGCCUACCCAAAGGAAAGUAUUGACUCAAUGAUCUCCUGUGGAGUUUUACUGACACAGGAUGUCCUCAUGCAGAGCGUAAGGAUAUGCAGCAUGGCUUAAGGGGCUCAGAGUUCAUUAGAAUCCUGGAAGUGCCUCUGCUGGCUGUAUGAUAGAUAGUCUUAGUCCUGCAAGGUAAUUAUUGCAGUUUCUCAAAAAUUGCAAUGGUUCACAUUGCAGGACUAAGUGAGAAAGGGACAUUGCACCAAGAUCACUUCAAUGAGAUGAAGAAGUCUGGAUGCCUAUAGUCAGCUGAGCUGCCAUUUUUCUUUAAUAUAUUUUUAAGGUGAUUUGUGGUUUAAAAGUUAACAACUUCACCCUGUUUUUAAAUACAUUAUUCUAUAUUUUCUAUCCAGGUUAUGGUGUUUAUACAUGGCGGAGCUUUGGCACUAGGUGGAGCAAAUCUAUUUAAUGGAGCUGCACUGAGUGCUUACGAAGAUGUAGUGGUUGUAGUUAUACAGUACAGACUGGGAAUUACAGGAUUCUUUUGGUAAGUCGUAAUGCAUGAAACCAAUAUGGAUGGAUGUUUUCCAAUGUGCAGAUUAAAUAUUAUUUUAUAAUCUGCUGUUUAUCUCUUUUUUUUACAUUAGAUUCAAGGCCUCUUCUGUUUAAUUAACCUCCGCUACCUCUCCUGAGCUCAUCUCUGCGGUGUAUGGCUUAGUUCAUUGGUUUCAUUUGUGAGCUGCUCAUUGUUAGCCAAUGAGCUAAGACCAGCACUGCAGAGCUGAGCUCAGGAGAGCUAGUGAAAGUUACUCCUAGGACUUGACGGUUUUAGUAAUGAUGGAAAGCGAUGCAUUGGGAAAAAGUCACAGUGUUCAAAAUAGACUGCGUAAAAUUGGAGAGCUUUUAGAGUACUACUGGCACCAUAACCACUAUAGUGAGCUGUAGACGUUAUGGUGCUUGAAGUGUUCCUUUAAAUUCGGGACGUCUUGUGAACACAGUCUUCCUCAAGUAUCCUUUUUAUCAUGAAUAUACUUAAUACUUAUGUUAUUUACGUGCGCCGUAAUUAUAUUUUUUUCACUUGUGUCGUAUUUGUCUACUAUCUUUACUUUUAGAUCUAAAGUGGUUAUAUUUCUGAUUAUUCCGAUGAAUCUCAUCCAGCAAACUGUUGGAGAUUUUGAAUAGUACCUUUGAGUAGAAGGCUUUAGUUCAUAGCAGAGGCUUUGAGUGAGCAAAAUGGGAUACAUUUAAAUUUAAUAUCUCACUAAACUAAACUCAACUCAAUUCAUUAUGUCACUUUGCUCUGCAGUGUUAAGUAUGCUAUAUAUAAUUCCAAUGUAAUAAUUGUGUACCUUCGUGGCUUCAAAAUUGAUGCGACUACGAUUCAAGGAGGAACAGAAAGCCACGGGUAACCUUACGAUAAAUAGUAGAUUAUCUAUAUAAUGCAAUAAAACUGGAGGAUUAUUUUUCUCAUUGUUGUAUUAUCCCAAUUGGGUGCCCAAGAUGAUAAGCCCAUAGUCCGAUGAUCCUUUUUUUUUUAUUGAAUACCACUUUCCUAUGUACACAGCACUGGAAACAUUUUAGUAAAGCUGAUACAAUGUAUCCUGGCUUAGACUCAGCCCUUGGUGUAAUCACACUGAUCUCACUCUCCCUGUUUCCUUCUUAUUCUCAGUUCUGGGGACAAUGAAGCACCUGGAAACUUUGGGUUUUUGGAUCAAAUAGCAGCUCUUCAAUGGGUCCAGGGAAACAUUAAGGAUUUUGGAGGGAACCCACAAUCUGUCACCAUAUUUGGGAUAUCUGCUGGUGGUAUUAGUGUUUCUGCUUUGGUGAGUGUUCUCUGAUUACUGGUAUCCAGCACCACAUCCAGAGGUAAAACAAUAAUCUUCUAAUAAUUUGUGAUCAUUCUUCUCUCCCUGUCUGUGUUCUAUUUCCAGGUGUUAUCUCCAUUAUCCAAAGGCCUAUUCCAUAGAGCCAUUGCAGAGAGUGGUACUGCCUUAAUGCCUGGACUCAUGACCAGUAAACAUGAAGUUGUCAUUUUUCUCCGAAAUGUGAGCAUUACUUUUUGUGUUCAUGUGGACAACACCGCUCUAAAAUCCAACAUAACAUCUAGCAUGUAGUAUGUGGCAUUCAGUUGUUAUGGGAAAUCAAUUAACAAAAUAAUUUUCUUUGGAAUCCUUUCAUUAAAUUGACUUCCCUCCUUGAAAACAUAAUUAACCUAAAGAAGUGACUAGAGUUCAUAGUGGAGCUGGCGAUCCUGUGUAGAGAUUGGUGGCCAAGACAAUCUGAUGUAUUACUGGCUAGUGGAGUUGGAUUUUUUCCUUAAACAACUGAUAUCUGAGAAUCUAUUUGUGCCCUCCACCUCCCAAAAAAAUCUCUAAUGUCAUAUUAAAGGGUUUAUCCACUAGCAGGAAGGCCAAAGCAGCCGAUCUGAAAAAUCUUGUCUGUUUUUGAUAUUAGAUAUUGAACUAGAGCAUGGUGAGAAGAUUUAGAUUGGCCAAAUUUUUUUUCCUGAAAAUAGAAAACUUUUCAUGACACACAAAUAUCAGUCAGUGUUCUUAAGGCUCGGCAGAAAUUCAGUACCGAGGUUCUGAUUCGGGAACCGAAUCAGAAGACUAAAAAAUCCUGACUGACCACCCAAUCGUUCCCGAUUCGGGCGACUUGUAGUUUUGACCGAACCAAAUCUCCAAGACAAGAGUGUGUGUGUGUGUAUAUAUGUCUGUCUAUCUCUAGAUCUAUCUAUCGAUCUAUCUAUCGAUCUAUCUAUAUAUAUAUAUAUAUAUAUAUAUUACAUUUGUACUUCAGACAAAUGCAACUUGUAUUUCAGAAAGUUGAUCUUGAGCCUUUUGAAACAGACAUUUUAAACAAAAAUACUCAUUAUAAAAGCACAUUUUUGUUUGUGUUUAUAUAUUCAGUUGAUUAGAAAAAAUGACUUUGUUCUUUCAGUGAUAUUCCUCUAAUUGCAUCAAAGUGAACUAAAAAAAUGGCAAUUCAGUAGGACAAGCUAUUCUUGAUUGAUUACCAGUUAUGUACGUUUUUGGUUUUCAGCUUAUUGCCAAUAUAUCCGGCUGUGAUCCUGUAUCAGUGGUGGCUUGCUUGAAAGAGAAAACUGAAAAAGAAAUUAUUACGAUAUUCGAUGCCAUGGUAAAUGAUAAUCAUGUGUUUUCCACAAAAGAUUCUUGUUUAGAAUUUACCAAAUUUGAAACAGACACAAUCUCUCAAUGGGAACAUGUUACUUUGCUUGUAGCGAUAGCUCCCCUUUCCUGAAUCCAAAAGAACACUAUGGAAAAUGUACCGCUGUGUGGGAGCACAUUUGUCCACAUUCCAUAACACUCAGUCAUUCCUUUCAUUCACACACAAAACAUUGGAACUCAAGGUAGUUUGUGUCUUGACAGUCCGACAUGGAAUGUAACUCAAAGAUUAAUGAUAAUUAAACCAGAAGUAUUAUUUUAAAAAAAUGCCACAGGAAGGUGAUCCUGCCCCGGCACAGAUGUCUUACAGAUUUUAUUUUCCUUUUUGGCAAAAUAAAUUCAUCUUGAAUGAAACCCAGAUUUGAUGUUUCAGGAUCUGGAUGUCCAUGGCCAUCCAUGUUUGGUGUCUGAGGGUAGACUGAUGAAGAUGAAAUGUGAGAGGGGUUUGAAAUCUGGUGUAGGGGCACAGAACUAAGUGGGACAUAACCGGCCACAUUUUGAUACAAAUACCAUAAUAUCAUAUUUUCUGUCUGUACAGAGACUACUGGGGUUACCUGGAUGUGUAGAUGGUUUAUUUCUUCCAAAACCUGCAGAAGAAAUGUUGGCAAAUAAAGAAAGCAACAAUGUUCCACUCAUAAUUGGCAAUACUAACCAGGAGUUUGGAUGGACAAUGCUUCUGGUAGGAAAUUUCUACAUCAUAAAUUUCUUAAAUACCAUAAAGACUCAAAUGCAGUUUAUGUAACAAAUGUCACACAUUUAUAAAAAAAAAUCAAAACAAACUUAAUUAAUAUAACACAAAGGCUUCUUCAGUAAAAGUGACGGUAAUCAUAGAUGGAGGAUUUGGAUGGGCAAAGUAUCUCCAAGGUUCAAACAAAGAAGCCACGUGGAUCAAAACUCAAGAUAAAUAAAGAGCAGGGUGCAUGAACAGUACAGGAAGAGGAAGAUAUGCUGUUAAAAUAAGUGAUCAUGUUUUCAUGGAUGGGCUGGAGUUAAACGAAUACCCUUGUAAAUAUUACAAUAUUGAGUUAACAGAUUAUGGGAUAAAUCCAAUAAAAAAAAUAAACCAAUCAGGGAUCAGCAUUCAGGGCAUGCUACACACGAGAUAAACAAAAUAUUGCUUGAUAUUUUCCAAGGUAACUAGAGCCUGAAAACUAACUUUAAUUGUACUUCUGUGACCAGGGGAUGAACAUCAGUGGUUUAGAAGAAGGAUUGGAAAAAGACAAAGUUCAGUCACUCCUGAAAUCCAUUUCUAUGCUGGUAAGUCAAAUUUACUGUACUGAUACAUUUUCCAUUCUGUUGUGAGGACAUUUAUGGGGUGAUAAAUAUCCAAAAUAAUAAUUUUUAUAAAAAUUAUCAAAAAAUUUAUUUCAUAACUUUUAUCAUAUCAAAAAUUUAUAUCGUGGCACUGUUCCCCGAUUAAUUAUUUAAAGCUGAGAAUAACCCACUAUUUUAAUUCUGUUAGAUCCUAGAGCAGUGAUAGCGAACCUAUGGCACGGGUGCCACAGGUGGCACGCCGGGCCCUCUCUAUGGGCACGCGGCCAUAGGGUCGCCAUCAAUGCAGAGUAGGCACCUGCCUGCCCAAAACGGCAGGCACCUACUCUGCUUCAUUGUCGGCAGGACCGGAAGCAGGGGGGAGGCAUCGAGGAAGCAGCUCUCCUGUCCUCCCUCGAGCUGUGUGGAGCGUUGCCGUGUGUUAGCAUGGCAACGACCCACACAGCAUCGCGCGGGAGGACAGGAGAGCUGCAGGCUCCUAUCCUACAUACUUACCACCACCGGACCACCAAGGAUGGCUGUGUUCCCCCCCCCUCCCCUUCACUAAAGGUAAGAUGAAGGAGGGGGGAUACUGAUUCAUAAUGCUUUUUUUUUUUUAAAACAAAAACGUUUUUAAUGUAUCUUAAACCCCCCCCAACAGUGCACCUCUACUAACCCCCCAACAGAGCACCACUACCCCCCAAAAGAGCACCCCUACCCCCCAACCCUACCCCGCCCACAGCACCCCCUGCCCCCACUGGCACCCCUACCCCCCCACACACACAGCAUCCCUACCCCCCACACACACAGCACCCCUAUCCCCCACACACACAGCAGCCACACACAGCACCCCUACCCCCCAGACAGGCAUCCCCCCACACAUAACAUCCCUACCCCCCACACCAGGCCCGGACUGGCCAUCGGGCUUACCGGGCAAAUGCCCGGUGGGCCGCGAUGGCCAGGGGCCGAGGCCGGCAGGGAGAUCACAGGAUCUCCCCGGUGGGCCCCUGCAGGGCGGACACUAUCAGUGUGCCGGCCCUGCUGUGUGCCUCCAUGGGCCAGUGGGGAGAUCAGAGAUCUCCCUCACCGGCCCAGAGGCACUGUAACACUGCUAUGCUGGCUGGGGAGUGAGGGAGGCAGGAGAGGACCGGCGGAGCUCUAGCCAGCAGCUCCGCCGGGUCCUCUCGCGAGGUCUGAGCGUUGCCGCGGUUACCACGGCAACGCUCAGAUCUCGCGAGAGUGAACUCUACCUCAGGAACUGCAGGGUAGAGUUCACUCACCACUAGGACCACCAGGGACUGCAGCAUGGGACAGCAACUCCAGGGACUCCUCCAUGGAAGCACGGCUACCCUCCCUUCUUACCUUUAGUUUGGGAGGGGGGGUAGCCGUGCUUCCAUGGAGGAGUCCCUGGAGUUGUUGUCCCAUGGGAAAUUACGUUUAUUCUUUUUAAUAUUUUUUAUUAAUUCCCCUAUUUCUUAAAUCUGAUUUUAUCCCACAUUAUUUUUAAUUAAAACAAUAAUUUAAAAAAAAAUAAAAAAUCAUAAAUUUACACCUUGCCCCCCCCCCCCACACAAACCCAGACAUAUACACACAGCACCCUCACCCACUCGGCAACCCUCAGACACACACAGCACCGUUAGACACAUACACAGAACACUAACAGCACCCUCAGACACACACACACUGCACCCUCACACACAGCACCCUCAGACACACAUAUCACCCUCAAACACAGCACACUCACACUAACAGCACACUUACCCACACAGCACUCACGCACACACAGCACGCUCAAACAGACAGCACGCUCACACACACAGCACACUCACAAACACAGCACAUUUAGAUACACACACAGCAUCCUCACACAGCACACUUACCCACACAGCGCCCUCAAACACACAGCACCCUCAGACACACACACACACACAUACAUAUAUAUAUAUAUAUAUAUAUAUAUAUAUAUAUAUCAUAAAAUAACCCUCAGUGAAUUAACAAAGAUAAUUAGACACAUAGAAUGUGAUAGUAAGAACAUCCUUACACACAUGCUGCACCCUUCACACACACAACACACUGCACCCUCACACACACAUGCUGCACACAGCACACCCAACACGCUGCACCCCUCACACACACAUGCUGCACACAACACACCCAACACGCUGUGACCCUCACACACACAUGCUGCACACAGCACACCUAACACACUGUGACCCUCACAUAUACAUAUAUAUUUGGAUGUAUAUAGAAUAUAUAUAUAUAUAUAUAUAUAUAUAUAUAUAUAUAUACUAUAGCACCCCUCACACUGCACCACUACACACAUUACACUCCAGGUACACGCUAGAUCCCUUACCCAACUCUGGAUCAUAUAAUCUACACAUACACACAGUAGAUCCCUAUAUACACUCUAAAUCCUCUACACACACACACACACACACACACACAAUCUCCUAUACACACUCUGUGUCCUUUACAUACUAGAUCCCCUACACACACACACACACACACACACACUGCAUCACCUACACACACUACAUUCCUGACAUACAAACUCUGGAUCCCCUAUGCAUACACUACAUUCCUUGUUAACAAACACAUGCUACAUUCUCUAAACACACACUCUCUACAACCCUUACACACACUACAGCCGGUAUGCACACACUCGCUACAUCCCCAAUACACACUAUACACACACUCUCUACAGGCCCUAGCACAAUACGUUUUCCUGGCCCUUUUGUCCUCUGGUAUCCCACUUACUGAGACACCAGAGACAAGUUAAAAGCAAACACAACGCAAGAAUGCUAUUACAUUUGCUUGCGUUGCGCAGAACAAAUACAGGGCCUUUUUCUCAUGCUAGAGCUCUUCAGCAGGGCUCUGCGCAUUGAACUAACAUAUCAGUUUGAGAGGGGGUGUGCUUGUCCUUAGUGAUGACAAAACACCCUUCUCACACACAGCACCCUUCUCACACACAGCACCCUUCUCACACACGGCACCCUUCUCACACACAGCACCCCUCACACACACACCCUUACAUCCUUACACACAAACACAUACACUACACACCUCAAUGCAGUAUAUAUGUGUGUAUUCAGCAGUCUUUAUGUGUUCAGCAGUGUGUGUGUGCGUGUGUAUUCAGCCGACUGCGUAUGUAUUCAGCCGACUGCGUGUGUAUUCAUCCAACUGCGUGUGUAUGUAUUUACCAGUGUGUGUGUGUAUUCAGCGGACUGUGUGUAUGUUUGUGUUUGUGUGUAUUUCACGGACUGUGUGUGUAUUUAGCAGUCUGUGUGUUUAUGUAUUAAGCAGUGGGUGUGUGAAUGUGUUCAGCUGUGUAUAUGCAUUGCAUUUGUUGGAGAUGCUAAUAAAUAUAAGCUUAAUUUUAUCUAUUAAUAUCAUUAUUUAAAAUUUGUAUAAUUGAACUUUCUGUUGUGUCUUUUAAAACAAAAGAUGUUAACUAGUUCAGACAACUGUACGAGUUGUUUUUUCAAAACUUAAAUCUCAGUAUUCAGGUUUUAUUGCCGUGUUGGCACUUUGAGGGAAAAAAAGUUGGCAUGUAUUGCGGUUUGGGCACUCUGGCUCACUUCGCCAUCACUGUCCUAGAGGAAGUUUCACUAGAAGAUUUUAUCUCACACAGUAAUCACAAAUUAAUUAUAAAAAUAUAAUUUUUUGUGACAAUAAUAAUAAAAAUAAUAUAUGUAACAUGCGUGACAAUCAGUGAAUAUUUAGGUAUAACAUAAGUAUAUAACAUGGCAGUGGUUUUAACACAAUAUAGACAGCUGAAAGAAACAGUUAUGUAUGCAACAGUUGUCAACAAAAUUAGGAUUUACGACAGGACACUUAACUUAGACAUCACUUCACAGAACACAACAGCACAACAUAAAGCAAUAAACACUUUGGCUGACAGUCAAAUCUCACUGAAUUAACUCUUUUACUGCUAGCUACAAUCCUCAUAGGCAAGAUAUCCUAUUAUAUUGCAAUAUUUAUGGCAACAAUAAUUCUCAUAUCAGGUCAUUCACCAUUCCUAAAUCCAUCCAACAAGAAUAAUUCUAACCAGAUUUUACGUUUGCAGAAAUGUAACUUUCCUAAUUAAAACUCACUAUUUCUAAAUUACAUAAGCUAAUAUAUUUGUAUAAUUGCCUUGUAUUCUAUUUUUAAAGUUAAAGUAAUAUAGAGUUCAUUGGUCCACCUGCAGGAAUGGAAUUAUAAAUUCUAUAUAGUAUUAAUGAAUCAUGACUCCUUAAUUGUUGGAUGCACCAGCUUUUAUUCAAGUAUAUUCUGCCUUUUAGUAAGAGCAAUUAAUUUAAUUUAAUGAAAUCAAAUAAAACUAGUAUAAUUACCAAUUAGGUUGUAAAUCAGAUGUGUAGGUAUGUCCCAGGAAUUUUGAAUGCAAGUAUGAUGAGAGAAUUGUAUGAAAAUGUAUAAAAGUUUUCAGUUCUGAAGUUGUGUUAGUUGAAAAGUAUAAAGAAUUAGGUGUGUCCAGCUUUGGAUCCAGAUGUCAGAUCUUAGCUGUUAGAUGUGAGUCCAAGAGAGUGUUUAGAGUGUCCCAGAGUCAGAAUGUGUCCUCUUUUCCCUUUGUCCUUAUUUUUUAAAGGGGGAAAAUGCUCUGCACGUCACUAGUUGAUAGGACCAAUAGGGAACUGUGGGUGUGUCUUCCCUAAAGACUAUCAUCUAGAUUUUGGUCAGUAGAUGGUGCAAUUACAUCACCAAAAAUUCUUGUCAGGGGUUCCAUUUACCUUUUUGUAUAAUGUGUUAACUGAAUUUGGUGAUGCUUUGACAUAAUUUUGUUAUCUUUUUAUGGCUACUAUUCGUCACAGAAGCUGUCAUCUUCAAAGCGUUUUCCCAGUCUGAGUGUCUGGCACAUACCUUUUAAAUUUAGCUUUCUGACAUGUCUAAACUCUUCUUCGCCUCUUCUUUACAAUGGAACUACAAAUGCUCUGUUACAUAUUUUUUUUAGAAAGUAAAAUUAAUUGCUUAGUGUUUUCUGUCAUUUGGUGUCUGGUUUUCUUGUGUGAAACUGUAAUUAAGAUUACACAUAUUCCACUAACAUUAGUACAUAAUAUGAUAUUUUUUCAUUAAAAUUAUAUUCAUGAAUAUUCUAUAUUAUUAACUUAGUACUAAUUAUAUAUGAUUAAUAUACUUAUAGUAAGUUAUAAGUGGAUAGUGUGUAUAUAUAGCAUUCAACCCCCCUUUUGCUUUAGACAUCAUUCCUUAGCUUUGGCUUUAUCUCUAAUAUUUACAUCAGUCGCAUUCCUUAGCUCAGACUUAAAUGCAUUGAGUUACUGAAAGAGAAAUUUGUGUCUAUCUUAGCAUUCUGUUACAAAAUUGAGUCACCUCUGUUCUGAGGGUGACUGGCAAUAUACAUUUGUAAUUUCUAUCUUAAAACAAAAUGUCUGCCAGUAUAAAUAUACUGACAGUGUAUCUAGGAGCAGACACAUCAGACAAGACAUAUCCUCCUUACCAUUGCUGGUCUCUGUUUGGAAUAAACUCCCACCAGCAAGGACAGCAAGAUCUCCAACUCGAAACCCAACGAGCAACACAAGAGAAUAUUAUUGUUAAAUCACUGACAGAUACAUUUCAGGAAAGGUCAAUAUUAAGAAGACACAUUAUGAGCUACAUUUUAAUCUUAAACAGGAAUUGAAUGAAGAAUCCAUCCCUUUGGUAAUGGAGGAAUAUUUGGGGGACACAAGUGAUCCUUUUGAAAUCCGAGACAGGUUCCUGGAUUUAUGUGGUGAUAUAGUGUUUGUUAUGCCAGCUCUCAAGACAGCGAAAUAUCACAGAGGUAGGUAACAAAGUAUCCUGGAGACACUGUGAAAUUGAUAAAACAGAUAAAUGUUCUCAAACCAAGAAUUUCCCUUGGCAAUCCGCAUACAGAAUGCAUACAAAGAAUGCUUCCAUUUCUUCUCAAUUUUUCCAAGUGCAAAGGACAGCAAUGAUUGACAGGGAGCUAAGAUGACGGCUCCUAGUUGUAGGAUACAGGUGAUGAUUUCUACAUUUAUUUCUAUUUUUUACAACUUAGAAAGCCUGAGCAGUGACAGUUCCCCUUUAAUAAAAGUAGAAGGGAAAUAGAGCACAAUUAGAGGCUACAGAUUGAUCAAAGUCAGAAUAGGAUCUUAUUCACAGGAGACAUCUGAAGAGCUGUCUGAAACCUUACCUCCAAUCAUAUGAUAUAAACUAUAUUAUUAUGCAUUUUUUUUACUUACAUUUCACAUGAUUAUUGCUUUUGUUUUCUCUCUGAAUAUGCCCUUUUUGUCAACUGCUAGAUUCUGGAUUUCCAGUCUAUUACUAUGAAUUUCAGCAUCGGCCAGCAGUCUAUAAGGAUAGAAAACCAGCAUAUGUUAAAUCAGAUCAUGGAGAUGACGCAUCGUAUGUUAUGGGAGGCGCGUUCUUAACUCGUGACAGCCUGUUCAACGGUAAAUAAUGCAUCUUUUCAAAAUGAUGCAGAACAUUUUUUGUUGUUGUUCUUGAAAGCUACUAUGAAAUUAAACAUUUUUUAAAAAAUAUUUUUGUAGUCAAUGCAACAGAGGAAGAAGAAAGGUUCAGCAAAACCAUUAUGAAAUAUUGGGCCAAUUUUGCUCGAAAUGGGUAAGAUUUGACUGUGUCCUUGUAUUUCCUUCAAUAUACAGUUUCAGAAUUUUUCUGAAUAAAGUAUGUAACAAUAUGUUAUGGAGUGGGCCUAAGAGGGUAAAGAGUUGGGAGAUUGAUAAUAAGGAUGAAAAGAGCAAAGUUAGUGUGAUUUACUGCUCCCAAAGAGUUAUUUGACUGAAAUAAAUCAGUCAUGAAAAUUUCACAACAAAUAGCAGGCUUAGGUCAGGGAUAUAGCUACAAGCAUAGUCAGAAUUAAGCGAAAAGGCCAGGCCAGGCAGCAAAGAAGAAUCAGAAAAGGCAGGUCACAACAGAGAAUCAGAGAGCAACCUAUCACAAGAGACCUAAAACAAAAUAUCUCAAAAAGGUGCAAAGGAGAUUGUGGUACCAUUUUAUAUUUAUUACUGCACACAGAAUAUCGUGUUGCUUUAGAAUUAGGAGGCUGAUAUCGGAGAGAGUUACAAGGAUGUGGGAACGGAGGCAAGCAGAGUAAGGACACCAUGUAUGCCAACUGAGAUGCAGGGUGACAGAAGAGAGGUGGGAAGGGGAUCCAAUACAGUAAAAAUAUUUGAAGAGUGCGUAAAACAGGAGAAAUAAUAAUAAUAAUCGUUAACAGCAUUUUUUUCAAUCAUCUACUGUAUGUCAUUUGUGUCAAAGAAUAGUUAUUGAUCAAACUGUUUUGGUCUUCUUACCUACAGAGAUCCCAAUGGACCAGGUCUCAAAAAAUGGCCACGAUAUCACGAAAACGAAGCUUACAUGCAACUUGCGUUGGAGCAGAAACCUACAGAAAAGUAUAAACCAGACAGGUUUGUUUUCUGGACCAAAACUCUUCCAGAGACCAUUCGAAAAAUGUCAAAGGAACAAAAUGAAGACCGUGAAGAACUGUAGAUUUGUCUAUCAGCUGUCACCCUUCUCCAUGGGAAAUUACAGAAAUCAUCAAGAGAGUCACUGCUAAGUAAUUCGAUUUCCAUUCAUCUUGCAUUUAACUCUACCACUGGCUCCCAAUUCAGUCCUUGAAGAUUCAGGAUUUAGGGAUUUGCCAGCUUUGUUGCCGUGGGGCCACUGACAAAACUUUGACCACUUCUAUCUUAGGUCUUGAGACAAGGUUGGACAAAAGUUGGUCUAUAACACACAUUCCUAAGCUUCCAAAUCUCUAUAUAACGACCAUCCACCAUAAACCGGCCAGGUACUCAGCUAUGGACUUGAUAUCAUCUCAUUGUUAAGAAAAAUAGAGAAGGUUGGAGGACUUCUCUCCAACUGGACAAUCUGAAGGAAACCAACACAACAUUGCACUGAAUUGGAUUAUUACACACAUUGCAUUGGGCAAGGAGAAAGAGAAAUAUGGUUACAUUUUCUCCCUUUCCACAUUCUAUUUUCUAAGACAGAGCGUAUAACUGUGAUUAACAGGAAGACAAGAUGGAGGCACCCAGUUCCAGAAUAGAUGGAUGGAUUCCGACCUUUCAUUUAAUCUUUAAGGCCUCACAAGCACAUAUUUGUUACAUAUAGGGUGUAAGUAAAUAUAAUGUAAAAAAUAAUGCUAAGUGACUGUUCCCAUGUCAAAGAGUCAUUAAAGUUUGAAAUACUGGUCUAUAACUUUUGUUAUAAACUUUACUCUAUUUUUAAUUAAUGCUUUACAUCCUUUAUGCCUCAAAAAUGUGAAUUUAGUAGCAGUAAUGUUUUUUUGAACUUUACUGUGCCUUCAACAAAAAGUACUUUAAAGGAAUGGUCUAAGCACCAUAACAACAACAGCUCGUUCACUCUCUGAGAGUGCCAGCUGAGAACUCUCAGCCAAUGGAAUUGCUCCUAUAUUUGCCUGUUUGAAUAGUGUUGAAUAGGGUCAUUCAUCUUCUGCAGGAGCAGACUGGAUGCUGGGUAGGCACUUGGGGAACCCAGGCAAGUUGGGAAAAAAAAGUCCUAAAGCCGUUUGACAAGUUACACUGGGAAGGCACAAGUGCACUUUAACUAAAGUGACAGGGGCACAUUAAAUGUCUGAUACUUUUUUGCAUAAUUGUUCCAUUGUCUACUUCCUGACAAGAUCCAUUCAUUUAGCCAGGAAUUGACUUGAAAAUUGCACAUACAUGUGAGAAUGCUAAGACAUAUUUUAAGUUCAGUUAUUUUGACAUACAAAUUGCAAUUCUCCACAAUUUCUUGGUUUAAUGAAUUACACUGAUUUGUUGAAGAAUUUUACCUGUGUCAACAAACUGUGAGAUGUACCAAUGCCUCUUCUUCAUUUUCGGAACUUUUCAUGUUACCUACCAGUUUGAUGUAUGAUGUACUUUAUUGGUCAGCAAGCAUUGCUUCCAACACCCACUGCCUCUGGGCGCUAACACGGUUUCUAUAGACGUGUUCUGUGUAAAUGUUUUAACAAACAAGAAGUCUACAGCAAUAAAGUUUUUUGUAUUAUUAAAGCAGUGCUGACACUUUAGGGGUCUUUGCAUAAAGACCAGCUCCACCAUCCAAGGUGACCAGGGCGGUGCAAGGUUUUUGCCACCCUAGGCAAAAAGUAAGUUUAGCCCCCUCCUCCCCAUUGACAAAUGCCCCACCCAUAUGAUCUGCCAUGUUAACUAGCGCCAGUGCUGCAGUGCCGCCAUGUUUACAUUAAAAGGCCUGCAGGGACAGGCUAUGGACACCAGAACCACUACAUUAAGCUGCAGUGGUUCUGGGGACUAUAGUGUUUCUUUAAUGUGAGGUAAAUUAGAGAUUAGUGCCACGAAUAAUAUACUAGAUUACCUACUUACAAGCAGAUGAGGAUGAUGAUGGGCUCUAGCUGCAGUCUGGCUCCACUGGUCUGGUGUAUAACAGGAUCUCUGGAGGCUGUUUGUAACUGUGGUCACACAAAUCAAUGUUCUGGGAGAGAGAAGCAGCUCCAUUUUUUGGGGCCCUUUACACAGCUCAAGGUCUGGGUCCCAGGGUCCACCUUCAUUUUCCACCAAUGAGUUUGUUCACAGGGGAUGGAGUGUGUAGGGAAUGUCCUGAUUUGUGUGUAAGGAAUGCAUUUUGUGAAUCUUUGUAUGUGUAAGGGCUGCAAGGUGUGUUUCUGUGUAUGUAAGGGAUGAAGUGUGUGAGUCUGUAAGGGGUGCAUUGAGUGUGUGUAAGGAAUGCAUUGUGUGUUUCUGUGUGUGUAAGGGAUGCAUUGUGUGUAAGGGUUGCAUUGCGUGUGUGUGUAAUGCAUUGUGUGUUUUUCUGUGUGCAAGGGUUCAUUGUCUUUGUGUGUAAGGGGUGCAUUGUGUGUGAUUGUGUGUGUGUGUGUGUGUGAUGGAUGUCAAUCUCUCCCCCCUCCCUUGUCACUCUCUUCUCCCCCCCUCCCUUGUUACUCUCAUUUCCCCUCCCUCCCCUGUCACUCCCCCCUCCCUGUCAAUUUCUCUCUCCCCGUCAAUUCCCCUCCCUGUCAAUGUCUCCCCCCGUUAGUUUCUUUCCCCCCCCACCUCCCUGUUAGUUUCUUUCUCCCCCCUCCCCUGUCAGUUUCUUUCUUCCCCCCUCCCCUCCCCUCCCUGUUUCUUUCUUCCCCCUCCCUGUUUCUUUCUUCCCCCUCCUUCCCUGUUUCCUUCUCCCCCUCCCUCCCUGUUUCCUUCUCCCCCCUCCCUCCCUCUUUUUCCCCCUCCCUCCGUUUCUUUCUUCCCCCUCCCUCCGUUUCCUUCUCCCCCCUCCCUCCUUCCCUGUUUCCUUCUCCCCCUCCCUCCCUGUUUCCUUCUCCCCCUCACUCCCUCUUUCUUCCCCCUCCCUCCCUGUUUCUUUCCCCUCCCUCCCUCCCUGUUUCUUUCUCCCCCCUCCCUCCCUGUUUCUUUCUCCCCCUCCCUCCCUGUUUCUUUCUCCCCCUCUCUCCCUCCCUGUUUCUUUCUCCUCCUCUCUCCCUCCCUGUUUCUUUCUCCUCCUCUCUCCCUCCCUGUUUCUUUCUCCUCCUCUCUCCCUCCCUGUUUCUUUCUCCCCCUCUCUCCCUCCCUGUUUCUUUCUCCUCCUCUCUCCCUCCCUCUGUUUCUUUCUUCUACCCCUCCCUCUUUUUUUUCUUCUCCCCCUCCCUCUCUCUCUGUUUCUUUCUUCUCCCCUCCCUCCUUCUCUGUUUUUUUCUUCUCUCCCACCCUCCCUCUCUGUUUCUUUCUUCUCCCCUCCCCUCCUGUUUCUUUCUUCUCCCCCCUCCCUCCCUCUCUUUUUCUUCUCCCCUCCCUCCCUCCCCUGUUUCUUUCUUCUCCCCCCUCCCUCCCUCUCUUUUUCUUCUCCCCCCUCCUCCCUCCCUGUUUCUUUCUUCUCCCCUCCCUCCCUCUCUUUUUUCUUCUCCCCUCCCUCCCUCUCUUUUUUAUUUCUUCUCCCCCCUUCCUCCCUCUUUCCUCCCCCUCCCUCCCCUACCUGUGUGGUAGUGUGGCCGAGCCCUCUAUUGGUCCGACCGGUACAGGGAGCUGUUGUUUCCUGUACCCGGCCGGACUAACAGGAAGUGAACACUCAGUGUUCACUUCCUGUUAGUCCGGCCGGGUACAGGAGACAGCUGCUCUCUGUACCGGUCGGACCAAUAGAGGGCUCGGCCACGCUACAGAGAGGGAGCUGUCAGGAGAGAGCGCUGAGCGCUUCCCUCCUGUCAGCCUCUCCUCAGGCUGCGCCCGGGCGGUGCGGUCCGCCCUCAUGGACGCACCGCCCGGGCAAAGCUGCAGCCGCCUGAGGCUCUCUACAGAGGGCUCGGGCGGCUGCAGCAUGAGCGGGGCCGGCGCUCCUGGCGGCGCCCCCUCCCAAGGGGCGCCCUAGGCGGCUGCCUAGUCCGCCUUACAGGUAGCGCCGGCCCUGAAGGUGACAUAUCUGCUCAAUCAGCAACGGCCUCGGGCAGAAGCUAAAGUGAGAUAUACUUACAUACUUACAUAAUUACAUAGCUGAAAAGAGACUUGCGUCCAUCAAGUCCAGCCUUCCUCACAUUUGUUUUCUGCUGUUGAUCCAAAAGAAGGCAAAAAACCCAGGUUGAAGCACUUCCAAUUUUGCAACAAGCUAGGAAAAAAAUUCCUUCUUGACCCCAGAAUGGCAGUCAGAUCUAUCCUUGGAUCAAGCAGUUAUUACCCUACAUUGAAAGUCUCUGAUAAAGCCACUUCUUCAGGCAGAGAAUUCCACAUCCAUAUUGUUUUUACAGUAAAAAAAAAAUUUCCUUUGAAACUUACCAGUGAUUUAUAAAGAGGCAAAAUGAUAUUCUCGUCCCGAGAAUGAAUGCCUUUUUUCAUGCAUGACAAUUCCUUACUGGCCUUGGCCACUGCGGAUUGACAUUGCACAUUGUUGCAUAGUUUGUUGUCUAUAACAAUUCCCAAGUCCUUUUCGUGUGUUGUUAUCCCUAAUUCGCUUCCAUUAAGGGUAUACGUUGCUUGUGUAUUCUUUACGCCGAAGUGCAUAACUUUGCAUUUUUCAACAUUAAAUUUCAUCUGCAAUCUAGUCCCCCAGUGUAUCUAAAUCCCUCUGCAGCAAAGUAAUAUCUUGCUCACAUUGUAUUAUUUUACAGAGUUUUGUGUCAUCUGCAAACACUGAAACAUGACUUUCUAUGCUGUCUUCGAGAUCAUUUAUAAACAUGGUAAAUAGAAGGGGUCCCAGAACAGACCCUUGAGGGACGCCACUUGCCACCUCUGUCCAGCUUGAAAAUUUACCAUUAAUGACAACUCUUUGUACUCUGUUUUUAAGCCAAUGUUCUACCCAAGAAUAAGCAUUUAUAUCUAGACCGAUUUCCUUGAGUUUGAACACUAAUCUAUUGCGUGGAACUGUAUCAAAUGCUUUGGCAAAAUCCAAAUAGAUCACAUCCACUUCAACACCCUGAUCUAUACUUCUACUUACUUCUUCGUAGAACGCAAUCAAGUUAGUUUGACAUGACCUGUGCUUCAUAAAACCGUGCUGAUUUUUGCUGAUAACCAUGUUCUUCUCAAGGAAUUCUUGAAUAUUAUCCCUUAAUAACCUUUCAAAUAUUUUACCAGCCACAGAAGUUAAGCUCACAGGUAUAUAAUUUCCAGGCAAGGAUUUUGAACCCUUUUUGAAUAUAGGAACCACAUCUGCCUUCCUCCAAUCCUCCGGAAAACACUGCCUGAAAGAAAAGAAUCUUGAAAGAUUAAAAACAGAGGUUCACUUAUUACUACACUUAGUUCCUUAAGUACUCGUGGAUGAAUACCAUCAGGCCCUGGAGCUUUGUUACCCUGAAGCUCUAACUCGUACGCACCACCAUCUCGUUUUUCUGUCCUUAUCUCCUGGAGCUUCAUUUGCCAGGAACCCACAUCAACUUCAGAAUGAGGGUUCCAUAAUAGAAUUUCUUGAGAAUCAAGAUAGACGGCAUAACCUCAGCCUUUUUGUCAAGUUUUGUCUACCUUGAAAAUCUUCAAAGAACAAAGUGGUGGUUACUUUGUCUUCCAAUAUCUUGUGAUUGUGUUGGAAUUUCAGUGAAGAACCAGCACAAUCAAUAUGAGUAUUUGAAAUAAAUGCUAAAAACAAAUGAAAGAGUUGAUUUAAAAACAAGCUGCAGCCUUUAUAGGACUCCUUACUCCUAGGUGGCAGCAGUACACUAAAUGCAUCACUUUUGUCCGUGGAAAAUGUAUAUAAAGCCCGUAACCCCACUUUCUUAGAGAAUGAGAGUUUAGUGACUCUUCUAACCCUCGCGGGCAUCUUCUGCACUUAUAGGAAUACUCCAAACCUCUUAAUCAGUAUGGUCCCCUGUAGUGGUUAUGCUGUCAGAAGUGCCCCAGUGCUGAGAAUUUACCUGUGUCCCGCUAGACAAGAUACUUAUUGAUAUAUGUCCUCCGACCUCAAGUCCUCAAAGAUUGUAAGGUUGUUUUGAGCAGGGCCCUUUUUACCUCUAAAUAUCUCCAUUCUAUAAUUUUAAAACACUGUUGAAUAUGUGCUAUACAAUUAAUAGUAAUAAUAGUGAAGUAGUCUUGGUGCAGUGGUGCUGUAGUUUUAACCCUGCAAUGAAAAGCGUUGCAAAUUUGAACUUCCUCAAUUGAUUGAAAUUCAGUCCUGAAAUAAAAUGCUGCUCAAGUCUUUGGAGGCACUGCAAACAAGGUGAUAUGUUUAAUUGAACUUUAAUUUUCAGGUGUGUGGUCAGUGCUCACAGUGAUAGCAUGCAACCUGUAGUCCCAUAAAAAUAUUAUUUUUAUAGGUCCCCUUUAACUCUCCAACUGGAGGAUUUGUAAAAGGGAUUCCCAGGAACCAUCUAAUCUGUCCCUUUAAAGGGACACUAUAGCCACCUGAACAACUUUAGCUUAAUUAAGCAGUUUUGGUGUAUAGAACAUGCCCCUGCAGCCUCACUGCUCAAUCCUCUGCCAUUUAGAAGUUAAAUCCCUUUGUUUAUGAACCCUAUUCACACCUCCCUGCAUGUGACUUGCACAGCCUUCCAUAAACACUUCCUGUAAAGAGAGCCCUAUUUAGGCUUUCUUAAUUGCAAGUUCUGUUUAAUUUAGAUUUUCUUAUCCCCUGCUAUGUUAAUAGCUUGCUGUACCCAUGCAAGAGCCUCCUGUAUAUGAUUAAAGUUCAAUUUAAAGAUUGAUAUACAAUUAUAUAAGGUAAAUUUCAUCUGUUUGAAAGUAAAACCAGUUUUUUUUUUUCAUGCAGGCUCUGUCAAUCAUAGCCAGGGGAGGUGUGGCUAGGGCUGCAUAAACAGAAACAAAGUGAUUUAACACAUAAAUGACAGUGAAUUGAGCAGUGAAAUUGCAGGGGAAUGAUGUAUACACUAAAACUGCUUUAUUUAGCUAAAGUAAUUUAGGUGACUAUAGUGUUCCUUUAACAUUUGUUUUGCCAGAAGUUUUCCAUAAUUUGUUACAUGACGAUAUCAAAUAUUAAAAUUAAGCCAAGACUUUGAGUAAAGGGAUCAUUUUCUUAAAAUAUUGCAAUAUUUUAUUGAUGGCAUGGAAUUAGGACGGGUGGAAGAGCCUUCAGGAGGUCGUUGAUAAUCAAGCAACUUGCGUCACUGACGGCGCUCAUAAUAGAGAGCACUGCCUCCGCCCAGAAACUGGGUGGGCACGUCCACUGGAUCAAGCAUUCCAUUCUGACAGACAGCUUCCUGGCCGGCCCUCGCCAGAAAGAACAUUGCAGCACAGUGUGUGUGUGUCUAAUGAUGAGCUUGCGCUGUGCUGGCCGAGGACAGUUCCCUGUUGUACCUGGAUGCUGGACACUAGGAAACUAGACCCGGACAGUGGAAAAUCACCCUAAAGCAGGGCCUGUACCACAAUAGCUGGACAGUUGGGAGGCCUUCUGAUGGACCUCCAAGCGGAAAUGCUGACUAUAUAUAGCAGAAGGAGAACACUGACAUUACAUUGCACAAAAAACAGGUAACAAUCUGGGGCAAACCUCUAAAUAAGGAGAAAUUACCAUGGAAACCAAAAGAAUGUCUAAAAAGGGACACUACAGUCACCCAGAGGGAGGGAAGUCACCAGCGCAGAGGGAAGCCGGCACUGGAUUAAGGUAAGUGGCUGAAGGGGUUUUAACCCCUUCAGCCCAGUGGGAGGGGGACCCUGAGAGUGGGCGGGACCUAUGGGUUAUAUAGUGUCAGGAAAAUAAGUUUGUUUUCCUGACACUAUAGUGAUCCUUUAAUAUAUAAUACUUUGCCCCAAAACAGCACUGGAUUUGCUCUAAUAAAGUCCCCCCUUUCCAAAAGCAAAUAUAAACGUAACAUAAAUAAAUCCUACUGAAAUAAGUCCCAGAUAUCUUUGCAUGACAUUUCAUUUUGACCCCAAGUUUAGAUCAAUACGUAACAAAGAAUGAAGAUCUAGGGGAAAGCUCGCUGGUAUACAUAACUCUCUGUGUGCAAAGCAUAGUAACACGCACCAUUCCUUAUAAAUAAUACAAGUUGUGUUCAGUUUUAGUCCCCACAUUAAAUCGUUCUUCUUUUUUUUGUUGUUGACUGUUUAGUAGAUACCCCAAAGAAAGCAUGCGUGUAUUUUUUUUCUUUGUCAUUGACAGACUGCUGUGCAGCCGCUGCAGAGCUCUAGCAUUCUUCUCAAAGAACUACCUAUCUGUAACAAUAUACCUACAUUAUUCCAUUCACCUUAGAAAGCUGUACAUUCUGAAAACAGGAAGGACAGGUCUUGAAACGCCAAAAAGACAAAUAAAUCAAUUUGUUCUUUUUAUGGUAUUGCCAGGGCCGGACUUGGAAUACAAAGCUGUUCUGGAAAAAUUAUUAAUAAGGCCGAAACAUCAUAUGCAUUAAAGUUGUGUUGGUGCCGGGACAGACACUGACAGAUUUAUACAAAAUACCCAACAGAUGGAAAAUUUUACCAAAUAAAGUGAGAGGUGACUAUGCGUUGACCUGUAUUCUCAGGACUGUUUAUACCUAAAUAUUUUCAAGAAGAGAAGCUGUUUUUACCCCUCCAGGUGAGCAAAGAAAUACCCGUUAGAAGAAUUACAACUAAAGUGGAGAUUCUCAUUCAGCUUUAGUUAUGUCAAGUUUGUAAAACUAUUCAGCCAAUGAGAACUUCUGAUUUAGUCACAUCAUGAAGACUGGAGCAGCGCGAGUGCCUGCGGGGCCCAGAGAGAGGGCUUGGUUAUAAUCUUGCCGUUACUUUUUACCAACCAGUCACCAGCUUUUACUCAAAAGUGCCUGUCGCUACUGUUACCAAGUAACAACUGUUUACCGACGGCAAAAAUUUCCCAGUGGCAAAAAAGGGAUUUACCAGCUGUGGCGGACCACCAGAGUAUCGCCGCCGCAGAUUCCCUUUCCCAGUGUGAAGAAGCUCUGUCCAACCGCUGAAGUGAUUAUAACUGGUAUAGCCUCCCCCCCAUACAUUAGUUGAGACUUAAUGUUGGGAGUUGUUCUGGCUUAUUUGGCCAAAGCAUACAGUAUUUAUACACAGACCCUCAGUAUGGGGCCUCCAUAUAGAAUAACAUAAAUUCCUCCCAGGCAUCUCUGUGUUUGGGAGAUAAUUGAGUCAAAAGCCUUGUGAUUUAUUUAUCUCCCAAUUACAGGGAUACAUACAGAUUUUACACAAAACACUCCAAAGCCCGAUUACAUCCACACAGGAACCCCACAUAUCCUAUAUCCCUGGAUAGACUGGAUCCGAGCACCCAAGUUGUCCAAAUUGCGUUCAGAUCCGUUUGGUGUAGUGGAAUAGCCACCGGUCAAUGUUCGGGAGCUCCUGUGCGAAACGACCAAAUGUCUCCCCUGCGUCUUAGGUAGAGGAUGUUCCUCGUAGGUCACCAAAUCUUUUUCCCGCUCUCCUGGCUUGCCUGUAAGUGAAGCAGGCAGCGGUACAAGUUCGCCGGGAUUCGUGAGUUGUAAAGUCCGAAUCUAGCUCCAUGCGCUCAACGACAAAGUACCACUGCAAGUGUUCGGCAGGCAAGAUGGAGAGCACCUGAGUUAACGACCUUCUUUGAAGUUAAUGAGCCAGGGGGUGUCUGGAGCUCGGGAGUAUAAAAGGAGAACAUGAAUAUCCGUUCGGGAAACGAACAGGGGGUAUGGAUACGAAUGAACAAGGGAACUAAUACAAGUAAUGGGGUAUUAGGUCACACCAGCUGCCAAUAAUUAAAGGACCACUACAGGCACUAUUACCCCUUCUUGGGACUGAAAAUGUUAUGUUGCUAGGAGGUCCCAGGUGCCAGUUUAUCUAAAGUGGUAAAGCCAUUAGCAAAUGGUUUAACUCCAAAGUCUUCAAGCCGGCACUCUCACGCCCGUUUGCAUUGUAGGGCGAAUAUGGACGUUCAGGGAGUGUGUAGCAGGGCUCAAAAGCGGCUCUCUAAUUAGGCAGUUUAGGUGGCCACCUAAGGCCUUGCACUGGCUGGGGCCUCGCGGCCGUCUAAACUGCCUGAGGGCAGACUGUGUUGGGUCCUCGGUCAGUGACUGAGGACCCGACACCAGGAGGGGGACCGGCAGCUUGCCCAAUAUGCCGCCGGAUGCGAGGCCCCUCCUGUCUGCCCAGCCACCAGUGAGCAGAGCUGCAGACAAUGUGUCUCGCGGAAACUGGCCAAUCAGAGCGCUGCCGCGGGUUACCACGGCAACGCUUUGACAGGUCUUGCGAGAUACAUAGUCUGACCGGAAGUAAUGGCCACCGGACCACCAGGGAGCCCACCGGACCACAAGGGUUAAAUUAAGGUAUGUGGUACCCCCUCCCUCUAACAUUACACCAACACCUCCCCUCCCUCAGCAUCACCCCCUCACUCAGCAUCACCCUCCCUCACCAUAACCCCCCUUAGCAUCACCCCCACCAUCAAUCCCCCUCCCUCACCUUCACCACCCCUCACCAUCAACAUCAACCCCCCUCCCUCACCAUCACCAUCAACCCCCCCUCCCUCAGCAUCACCCCCCUCACCAUCACCCCCCACCAUCAACCCCCCCUCCCUCAGCAUCAGCCCCCUUCCUCACCAUCAACCUCCCUCCCUCAUCAUCACCACCGACCCCCCCUCCACUCCAUCACCCCUCCCCCCCACCCAUCACCUUCCUUUCUCACCAUCACCUCCCCUCUCCCUGUCACCAUCACCCCAAUCCCUGUCAAGAUCACCCCCUCUACUCUCACCAUCACCCCCUCUCAGCAUCACCCCCUCCCUCUCAGCCCCCUCUUGCCAUCACCCCUCUCUCCCCAUGACCUCCCUCUCAUCAUCCUACUCUCCCUCCCUCUCACCAUCACCCCCUCACACACACAGCUUCCCCAGACACACUGUCACCUCCCCACACAUUGUCACCCCCCACACUGUCAGCCUCUUCAUGCAUCCACACUCAAUUAACCACUCCUAAUCCUGUUAAUCUCACCCCUCCAAACUCACCUGCCUUCAAUCUGCUACACUCACCCUGUCACAUUAACCCACCUUAAUCCUGUCACACUCGUCCCUCCUACCAUGCCACAAUUGUCCUGACACACUUACCUUCACUCGCCCUGCCACACUCCCUCAUCACCUGUCCCUCGUUCCCUUUCACACCCCCCUGUCCAUUUACCCCCUUCGCCCUGUCACGCUCUCCCUGUCACUGGUACCCCUUUACUUACCUUGUCACAGUCACCAGCUGAAGACAUUCAUCAUACACACACAGUAAAGAAACAUAGUUUUGCCAUAAACAAAAUGCACAAAGGCUACUGGCUAAUUUUUUCAAAGAAUCUCAUCCAGCAAACCAUUUUAGAAUAGGUGUUUCAGAUCAUGGCCCUCAUCUCAUAGAGACUAUCCGCGAGCAAAAUGGAUACAUUUAAAUAAGAUAUGUCACUAAACUCCACAAUCUGUAUCAUUCAUUAUGUCCCUUUGUUUUCCAGUGUUAACUUAACUAUAUACAGGGAGUGCAGAAUUAUUAGGCAAGUUGUAUUUUUGAGGAUUAAUUUUAUUAUUGAACAACAACCAUGUUCUCAAUGAACCCAAAAACUCAUUAAUAUCAAAGCUGAAUAUUUUUGGAAGUAGUUUUUAGUUUGUUUUUAGUUUUAGCUAUGUUAGGAGGAUAUCUGUGUGUGCAGGUGACUAUUACUGUGCAUAAUUAUUAGGCAACUUAACAAAAAACAAAUAUAUACCCAUUUCAAUAAUUUAUUAUUACCAGUGAAACCAAUAUAACAUCUCAACAUUCACAAAUAUACAUUUCUGACAUUCAAAAACAAAACAAAAACAAAUCAGUGACCAAUAUAGCCACCUUUCUUUGCAAGGACACUCAAAAGCCUGCCAUCCAUGGAUUCUGUCAGUGUUUUGAUCUGUUCACCAUCAACAUUGCGUGCAGCAGCAACCACAGCCUCCCAGACACUGUUCAGAGAGGUGUACUGUUUUCCCUCCUUGUAAAUCUCACAUUUGAUGAUGGACCACAGGUUCUCAAUGGGGUUCAGAUCAGGUGAACAAGGAGGCCAUGUCAUUAGAUUUUCUUCUUCUAUACCCUUUCUUGCCAGCCACGCUGUGGAGUACUUGGACGCGUGUGAUGGAGCAUUGUCCUGCAUGAAAAUCAUGUUUUCUUGAAGGAUGCAGACUUCUUCCUGUACCACUGCUUGAAGAAGGUGUCUUCCAGGAACUGGCAGUAGGACUGGGAGUUGAGCUUGACUCCAUCCUCGACCCGAAAAGGCCCCACAAGCUCAUCUUUGAUGAUACCAGCCCAAACCAGUACUCCACCUCCACCUUGCUGGCGUCUGAGUCGGACUGGAGCUCUCUGCCCUUUACCAAUCCAGCCACGGGCCCAUCCAUCUGGCCCAUCAAGACUCACUCAUUUCAUCAGUCCAUAAAACCUUAGAAAAAUCAGUCUUGAGAUAUUUCUUGGCCCAGUCUUGACGUUUCAGCUUGUGUGUCUUGUUCAGUGGUGGUCGUCUUUCAGCCUUUCUUACCUUGGCCAUGUCUCUGAGUAUUGCACACCUUGUGCUUUUGGGCACUCAGUGAUGUUGCAGCUCUGAAAUAUGGCCAAACUGGUGGCAAGUGGCAUCGUGGCAGCUGCACGCUUGACUUUUCUCAGUUCAUGGGCAGUUAUUUUGCGCCUUGGUUUUUCCACACGCUUCUUGCGACCCUGUUGACUAUUUUGAAUGAAACGCUUGAUUGUUCGAUGAUCACGCUUCAGAAGCUUUGCAAUUUUAAGAGUGCUGCAUCCCUCUGCAAGAUAUCUCACUAUUUUUGACUUUUCUGAGCCUGUCAAGUCCUUCUUUUGACCCAUUUUGCCAAAGGAAAGGAAGUUGCCUAAUAAUUAUGCACACCUGAUAUAGGGUGUUGAUGUCAUUAGACCACACCCCUUCUCAUUACAGAGAUGCACAUCACCUAAUAUGCUUAAUUGGUAGUAGGCUUUCGAGCCUAUACAGCUUGGAGUAAGACAACAUGCAUAAAGAGGAUGAUGUGGUCAAAAUACUCAUUUGCCUAAUAAUUCUGCACUCCCUGUAUAAUUGCAUUGUAUUGUCUACCUACAAACAAUAAAAAUGUUGUUCUGGUAAAAUAUUUUACAACUUUUUAUCUAUAUAAUGCAAUAAGAAUUGAGGAUCACUUUUAUCCCAUUUUUUUAAAUUAUCCCAAUUGGGUGCACAACAUGAUGAAAACAGCUGGGUCCUCCAUCUUUUAAUUAAAUACCCCUUGACUGCUGAGCCAGUGAUAAGAUAUCCAAUGUUCACAACCCCCUUUUGUUAACCACACAGUCUCUUUUAUGGUUAAGGACAUUGGCCACAACUUUAUUGAGUGCCAUAGACCAUACAAUUAACCAAUAACUUUAUUACAAAAUGUCAUCCUGCCUCAGGCCUUUCCAAUUUGUCCAGGAGUUAUCUUUCCUAUAUACGCAGCAUUACAAAUGUUGGAAAUGAACCCUGGAUGUUCUUAUGUGUUGUAUGAUCACACUGAUCUUUCACUCUCCCUGUUUCCUUCUUCUUUCUCAGUUCUGGGGACAAUGAAGCACCAGGGAAUUAUGGGUUUUUGGAUCAAAUAGCAGUUCUUCAAUGGGUACAAGGAAACAUUGAGGAUUUUGGAGGGAACCCACAGUCUGUCACCAUAUUUGGGCAAUCAUCCGCCGGUGGUAUUAGUGUUUCUGCUCUGGUGAGUGUUCUCUGAUUACUGGUAUCCAGCCGCACACCCACAGGUAAAACAAUGAUCUUGUAAUGGUAUGUGAUCAUUCUUCUCUCCCUGUCUGUAUGCUAUUUGGUGACUUAUGGUGUGAGGAGGUCCCCGGGUGCCAGCUUACCUCAUUGGGUUAAACCACUUGGGGUAUGCUCUAAUCCUAUCAGUAUUUAUCCAUUCACAAAACCGCUAGUUAAAAAUAAGCACGUUUCUCAAGCCGUUUUGUGAAUUAUAAGCUACAAAUGGGUUGACAGUGUCAGCUGAUGCUCUCAACCUAUCCAAAGUUCCCAGUCUGAGGCUUCCUAUUUUCAAGCCUUGGACAGCGGUGGAUAUUUGUGGGCAAAGCGUUUGGGGUUCCAGAUUCAAGAGUUGGAGGUUCUACGCUUCAUUAACAUAUAAUCCGGUGUAUUACUACUGGCUAUAUGUGGGAAUUGAUAUGUGCCUUCCACUUGCAAAAUAAAACUCUAACUUCAUGCCAUAGGAUUUAUCCAGUAGCAGCAGGGCCAAAACAAGAGAUCUGUUAUAACUCUGCUGUUGGAUCAAUAUAUUUCUUUUUUUCUUAUGUAUACAGCAGAUCAGGCAAAUCUCCCUUUGUUCUAUCAGGAAUAUAACUUAAACCCUUAAGGACACAUGACAUGUGUGACAUGUCAUGAUUCCCUUUUAUUCCAGAAGUUUGGUCCUUAAGGGGUUAAAGAGCAUGAAAUCCUCCAGAGAAAUGUCUCUGAUUGUAUCAAAGUGAACAAAAAAAAUGACAAUUCAGUAGGAAGAGGUAUCCUUGAUUGAUUACCACGUAGGUAUGGUUUUUGUUUUUCAGCUUAUUGGCAAUAUUUCCGGCUGUGGUCCUGUAUCAGUAGUGGCUUGCUUGAGAAGGAAAAGUGAAGAAGACAUUCUUAUGAUAUCCGCAGUAUGACAAAGGAUAAUCGUGUUCUCCACAAAGAAUGCUUGUCAAGAAUUUAUCAUGGUUGAGCCAGUUGGACAUCCCUUAAUGGGGAUAUGUCAUUUUACUUUUAUGUACACUCUCCUUUCUCCAACACAAUGAAUGCUGUGCAAAAUUUACUGCAGUGUCUCUGGGGGCAGAUUUGUCCACAUUCCAUAACACACAGUCAUUCCUUCCAUUCACACACAAAACAUUGGAACCCAAGGUAAUUUGUGUCUUGACAGUCAGACGUGGAUGUAAUUUCAAAAAACCUAAACUUGUUUUAUAAAAAAUACUAGACGUAUUACUAAAAAUAGGUAUUUAGAAAAAUUUGACAUUAGCUUAAGGUUUUUUAAAAGCUAAUCCAGACACGGACACCUUGCUCAUUAUAUCUAGAGGGGUAUUAGCCACAUAUCUCUGAAGCCCAGUGAAUUGUGGAACAAGUAUCUGCGUUGGGGUCAUUAGCCCAAUUGAAGGUGAACCCAUUCAGCCACAGGUGUCUUACAGACCAAAAAUAUUCAGUUAUUUUAUUACUUUUUUUAAAUUAAUUUUAUUGCCCUGUAACUACAAUCCUGACUAGUAUCCAACUCCCUGCUCAUGAAAAACAUCCCUGUGACAUGACUUGAUCACCACCUUGGUUAGUGAUUCUGUUUUAAGGGAGAUGAGAAGUUUGGACUUUUCAGACCAAAUAAGGUUUGCUCUGUCUCCAGAAUGCUUUUAUUUUUUUGCAAACUCCAAUGGGAUUUGAUAUGGGAUUGUGUUUUGGAUAAUGACACUCAGAUUUGAGGUUUCUAGACCUGGUUGUGCAGUGACACUCCUGUUGGUUUCUGAGGGUAGAUAAGAGAACUAUCUCUAUCUUGUGUCUUCUUCUUAAUACCGCAGGACCACCCAUUAUUCACAACAGGGGAGGGAGGGGGGUAUGAAUGGGAAGGAAUGUGGCUGUAUGCAGAUGAAGUUGGAUAUGGGUAUAUGAAAAUGAGCUGGGAGAGGGAUGUAAAAUGUGGUAUAUGAACACUGGAUUAAGUGGGGCUUGACUGGCUACAAUUUGAUACAAAUGCCAUAAUAAUUUCUGUCUGUACAGGGAAUAAUGGCUGUACCUGCAUGUGUUGAUGGUGUAUUUCUUCCUAAAUUUGUCAAUUUGUCAAUUAUUUAAUAUUCUUGGAUGAACUUUUUAAAUGGUUUAAAAAUUUGGAAAAAUAUCUUCAAACUUUUUUUUAUAUAUAUAUAUUGGGGGAAAAAAGCAUAUUUUAUAUACAAUAUUAAAUCAAAAGCUUAUCCGAAAAAAAAAAAUGAAUCUAGGCCAUAAUUCAGUUAAAAUACCACAAAUAAUCCAAGGCAGCCUAUGUAAUAAAUGUCUGAAGUUCAUUGAGUAAAUCCAAACAAACUAUUAUAAAAUAAAGAUUUAUUCAGGAAAAAAAGGGACAGAAAUCAUGGAUGAAGGACUUGGACAGGUAAAGUAUCUCUGAGGUUCAAACAAACCAGAUGGAUCAAACCUUGAGGCAAAUAAAGGGCAGGUUUUGUAAAAUACAGUGUAGGUCUAGAAAUGGGACAGAAAUAGAAAUCUGUUAAAAAAUGAUUUGUUUGUCACGGAUGGACUGUAUAAUAUUAUAAAUAUUAGACCAGUAAUAGUAUAUUUGUCUGAAAUUUGGUUUAUUUUUCUUAAAUUGAUUUUGGUUUAGUACAUGUGGAAUUUUGGUUUGUAUUAAUUUUAUCCACACAAUAAUUCCGGGGGGAAAAUUAUUCAGACAAAAUGGAAUAUAAAUUGGCCAAUUAGUGAAUUGCAAAAUAUAUACAUAAUAGAAAUAUUAUUUCAAAAUAACUAAACUAUUAUAAUAUGUAAUAAUGGCCUUUUUAUUGUACGAACAUAAUAUAUAAAUUACAAACUUUAGAGCGGUAUCUUCCCUUCCUCAGGCCUGAAGCAAAUAAAGGAGGUGCUUUACUAAAAUGAGCUUUAAUAUACAUAAAUCAUUUAUGUAUUUAUUGUACUGCUUCUCCUUGUUUCUGCCCUAAUGGUAACUUACCAACUGACUUGAUCUAUUAACCAAAUGGUGCAAAAAUUCAUUUGUUUUUUAUUAUUGAAUCUGUAAAUAAAAUUAACAUUUAGUUCCUGUCCCCUAACCAUCUCUCAUCUAUCUAUCUAUAUGUAUGGGAAGCAAAAUCUAAAUAGGUUAUGGUGGGGAAAAAUUGUGAUUGAAAACCCCUUCCACCUGAAGUAUGUGGAUAGUUAAUACAAUGCUAAACAAAAAUCUGCACACCAGUCAAGCCAUAAGACUUGCUUUUCCCACAGAAAUCCCAAAUCAGCAGUGAUGUUACAACCGCAAAGGAUUCUGGGUGGGCAUAUGCAAAUUAGUUUAACAAAGAAUCACAUUUUUGCCUCAUUCCAUUUUAAACAUGGAUUCCUUUUAAUUUGUGUUUGCAAUAUACAACUGCUUGGAACACAAUUUAGGAUAAGAUGCAAAACCAGUGAACCACUCAUGGACAGCUGUUUCGUUGUUAAUGCAACUCUUCAGCAUGAGGUUGGUUACUGGUUUGCUAAUUGAGGCUUGGUAGUGCUUGGGAAGCAAAAUCUAAAUAGGUUAUGGUGGGGAAAAAUUGUGAUUUCUGUGGGAAAAGCAAGUCUUAUGGCUUGACUGGUGUGCAGAUUUUUGUUUAGCAUUGUAUUAACUAUCUAUAUGUAUGUAUGUAUGUACUUAUUUAUUUUGUGCCACAGACAGAACUCAACAAACGGUGUGUCCAACGGCCAAUUAGUUUGUUUCAAGAUUUGGCCAUAUCGUGAUUCAGAGAUCAGAUUUUCAGACAAAUUGAUGGCCAAAUUCAAACAAACUGCUAUUUCUUUGAAAAUGAAUGUGCAGGCGUAAUACAUAUUAGAAUUGUCAGGGUUAAUAGAAGACAUGGGGUAAAUCAAACAAAAAUAAACUACAAUUAGAGAUCCGCAUUCUGGCCAUACAACACAAGAGAUAAACAGAAUGUUGUUUUAUACCUUCCAAGGCAACUAGAGCCUGAUCAUUAAUUGUUAUUGUACUAUUACCAGGGGAUGAACAUCAGUGGUUUAGUCGAAGGAAUGGAUAAAGACGCAGUUCAGUCAUUCCUGAAAUCCUUUCCCAUCCUGGUAAGUUAAAUUUUCUGUAUUGAUACACUUUCCAAUAUGUUUAUCUAGGAGUGGUAACAUUGCACGAGACCUCUCCUCCUUACCAUUGCUGUUUUCUGUCUGAAAUAAAGGGACACACAAGAGACACUCCAGGCACCCAGACCACUUCUGCCCAUUUGAGUGGUCUGGGUGCCAACUCCCACUACCCUUAACCCUGCAAGUGUAAUUAUUGCAGUUUUUAUAAACUGCAAUAAUUACCUUGCAGAGUUAACUUCUCCACUAGCGGGCACUCCCGGGUUUAUAGCACAGAUUUUCAGUGCUAUAGCGUCGCUGGAUGUCCUCUCGCUAUGUGAGGACCUCCAGCGUCUCUAAAAUCCCCAUAGGAAAGCAUUGAAAGAAGGGGUUUUAACCCAUUCAGCAACCUGGGAUGGGGGGUGGGAGGGAGAGGGGACCUGCAGUGCCAGGAAAACGGUUUGUUUUCCUGGCACUGGAGAGUCCCUUUAACAAGGAACACGAGAAAAUAUUAUUGUUAAAGAGACACUCCACUACCCAAAUACAAUAAAAAUCGCUGUUUAGUAGAUAAACCACAAAUGUAAACAUGCAUGUAUUUAGCAAUGCAUUUUUAAUUGGGGUUAUAGCUAAAAGCAACUUGCAGAAGCCGCAGUUCUCUUGUCUGCAGCCUUUGCAAGUCCUCCCAUUUUAACCCCACCCAUACUUUCUGUGGCUGUACAAUCACAGACUUCCCAAUGCAGCUCAAUGAGAAGUCUUUGCAAGGCAGGUGAUCUGGACAAUAGCUGUGUUACAGUUGCCUCCAGGCAAGCUGAGAGUUGGACCGUAGAAAGAAUGCUCCUAGCACUCACCAAAGGACCAUCCGCACGAUGGAAAUUGGCUUCACACUCCACUUGUGUGUGGUCCGCCUGUUUGGUAAUUUGUUUGGUAAGCCUAAAUUACCAAACCAUAUAGGAAAAGGACACGAAUAAAGUAUUUUCAGUCUGGGGACACAGUUUUAAAGGGGCACUGUCCCUAAAAGUCUCAAUAUGCCCAUAUAAUGUUUUUAAAAGGCCAUAUACCCCAGGGCCAUAGUCAUAAGGCUGGCAAUCAGGCUCCUCCAAAAGUCAGGGGCAAAGGGCAGUUUGUCACAUAAAAAGCCAGUGACAAAGGGCAGUUUGUCACAAGCUGCCUCUUGAUUUUGCUCCACUUAGUUAACCAAACCAGGAAGAAACAGAAAUGGUUUUCUGAAGGCCAGGGGGCUAUAACCAGGUUUAUUUAUAAAAGUGUCCAAUUUUGUAGAAGAGGACACACUCAGCACACAUAAAGCAUUUCAGCAAGUUAAAGAUCUGGAGUGUCCAUUUAAAUCAAUGACAUACAUUUCAGCAAUGGUCAAUAUAAAGAAGACUAGUGAUGUCCCGAACGGUUCGCCGAACGGUUAGCUGAACGGUUCACCAAACGGUUUGCGAACGGUUCGCCAUGAACGGUUCGCCACGGACUCAUCAUUGAGUAAACAUUGACCUUGUACCUCACAGUCAGCAGACACAUUCCAGCCAAUAAGCAGCAGAUCCUCCCUCCCAGACCCUCCCACCUCCUGGACAGCUCACUAAGAAUGCAGCUUCACAAUGAAUGUAAAAUGGAUGCUGUCCAGGAGGUGGGAGGGUCUGGGAGGGAGGGUCUGCUGCUGAUUGACUGGAAUGUGUCUGCUGACUCUGAGGUACAGGGUCAAAGUUUACUCAAUGACGAGUCACCGGCGAACCGUUCGGGACAUCACUAAAGAAGACCCAUUACGUGUGUCAUUUUAAUCUUAAAUUUCCCAGGGAUUGACUGAAAAAUCCAUCCCUUUGGUAAUGGAGGAAUAUUUUGGGGACACAAAUGAUCCUCUCAAAAUCCGAGAUACGUUUCUGGAUUUGUGCGGUGAUAUACUGUUUGCUAUGCCUGCUCUCAAGACUGCAAAAUAUCACAAAGGUAGGUAACAACAAGUUGUUUUUUUUCAGGGAACAUGAUGAAAUUUUAAUAAUCAUAUGAUAAAAAUGAUAUUAUCUUUACACAUUUCUACAUGCAUCUUACACUCUCAUUGUGGUUGUGUUAUUUUGCUUUGUUUGUGUUUGUUUUUUUUGUUUUUUCCCCCCUCUUAUUAUGCCUUUUUUCUUUUUUUUUUUUUUAAAUCAACUGCUAGAUUCUGGGGUUCCAGUCUAUUACUAUGAAUUUCAGCAUCGGCCAGCGAUCUACAAGGAUAAAAAACCUGCGUUUGUUAAAGCAGAUCAUGGAGAUAAAGUAUCGUACAUAAUGGGAGGCACAUUCAUAAACCGGGAUGUCCUGUUCAGAGGUAAGCAAUGUAUCUUUUCAAAAUGAUGCUAAAAAACCUGUUUUGAAGUUGAAUGGGCAAUUUUUUUUUUAUUUUUUUUACAGUCAAUGCAACAGAGGAAGAAAAGAACCUCAGCAAAACCAUGAUGAAAUAUUGGGCAAACUUUGCUCGAAAUGGGUGA